CUGUACGACGAAUGGGUUAUGCGCGGCCGAUCGUCUUAAUUGUGCAAAAUUCAAAAAGAUAUUCAGUCUUGCUAUAGACUUCGAGUGAAGCACAAGUGCUUAGUUUGUAGUGCCGUUUUUAAUUAAUAUCUUAUACAUUUCUUUACAACCGUUAACUUUUCACAAAAAGUUUUAAUAUUAAGUCUGUCGGUUUUGUAUAUAUUUUUUUUUCAUUCGUUUCGGAAGAAAAAGUGGCAAAAAUAGUCGGAAUAUUUUUGCCACAAAACUUUAACACUGUGGCCUUAAAGCCAUGGUGAAUGCAAAAAUGAAAAUAUUUUUGCCACUAGUCACGUGGAUAGUGCUACUCUCGAGUACCGUACAUUCACAAUCCUACAAAAGUAAAACUAGUAGAUUUAAAGGUGAAGUGUUUUUUCUGAAUCUCGAGGAUGGCUACUUUGGUUGUCAAGUUAAUGAAUCGACAGACUACUUACAACUAUACGAACUAUCGAAACUUUGCGACGGUAGCCAAGAUUGUUUUCUUGGCUCCGAUGAAUUAAGCAAAGAACUCAAAUGCACAAAUGACUGUGAUAAAGAUGGCACUCAAUGUAUAAACGGUGUCUGUCUAAACGGCGUCUGCCAUUGUAACGAUGGUUACGGGGGAUGUAAUUGUCAAGUUCCAGAUGAGAAUGAAUGCAAGUAUCGUCCAUGCGAUGUCUUUGCUCAUUGUACAAAUACACUUGGCAGCUUCACGUGCACCUGCUUUCCUGGUUACCGUGGUGAUGGACUUCAUUGCGAAGACAUCGAUGAAUGCAAAGAUCCAGCGAUUGCAGCACGUUGCGUAGAAAAUGCUGAAUGUUGUAAUUUACCAGCACAUUUCCUAUGCAAAUGCAAAGAUGGAUACGAAGGCGACGGUGAACAAUUAUGUACAGACAUUGAUGAAUGCCAAAAACCAAACGCUUGUGGACUGAACACAAAUUGUAUAAAUGUUCCUGGAAAUUAUUCGUGUGAAUGUCGCGAAGGAUUCUAUGGUAAUCCAUAUGAUGGUUGCGUAGAUGUAGACGAAUGUGCUGAUCCGAAAGCUUGUGGACCUGGAGCCAACUGUGUGAACCUCGAGGGCAGUUAUCGCUGCGAUUGCCCGCCCGGUUUCCAUGGUGAUGCUCGCUCAGCUUUGGGAUGUGUUGACUAUGAUGAAUGUGGUCGAUCCCCAUGCGGACGAAAUGCAAUCUGUACGAAUAUUGAAGGUAGUUUCAAGUGUUUAUGUCCCGAAGGAUUCGCGGGAGAUCCAAUGGAUACUUGCGAGGAUAUCAACGAAUGCCAAGACAAUCCAUGUGGUGAAAAUGCCAUUUGCACGGACACAAUUGGAAGUUUCAUCUGUAGUUGCAAACCAGACUAUACAGGUGAUCCCUUCCGAGGAUGCGUGGACAUUGACGAAUGCCAAACUUUAGAAAAACCAUGCGGUGAUCAUGCCAUCUGCGAGAAUACAGUCCCCGGAUACAAUUGUAUCUGCCCACAAGGAUAUGAAGGUCGGCCAGAUCCGAAAGUUGCUUGCGAACAAAUCGACGUCAACAUCCUCUGUAAAACCAACUUCGAUUGUACAAACAAUGCAGAGUGUAUCGAGGGUCAAUGCUUCUGUCAGGAUGGAUUCGAACCAGUCGGAUCAAUUUGCGUGGAUAUCGAUGAAUGUCGAACUCAUGCCGAUGCUUGUGGAGUGCACGCCACAUGUGUAAAUACACCUGGAUCAUACAGAUGUGAAUGCGAGGCUGGAUACAUCGGAACCCCACCAAGAAUAGCAUGCAAACAACCUUGCGAAGAUGUCAAAUGCGGAGAACAUGCCUACUGCAAACCAGACGGAAAUGAAGCCUACUGCAUCUGCGAAGAAGGAUGGACUUUCAACCCACAAGACAUUGCCGCAGGAUGUGUUGAUAUCAAUGAAUGUGACACCGUCCAUGGUCCAUUUGGACGCUGUGGAAUCAACGCUACUUGCACAAAUAAUCCCGGAGGAUACUUCUGCAGAUGUCCCCCAGGCUACACCGGAGACGCAACUGUUAAAUGUACCGAUUUAGAUGAAUGCUCAAAACCAAACACAUGCGGCCAGGGAGCCAUCUGCGUAAACACAGAUGGAGGAUACACAUGUCAGUGUCCUGAGAACAGUAUCCCAGACCCCGAUCCAACAGUUAGAUGUGUCGCAAUUGUCACAUGCACCCAAGAUAAUGAUUGUCCUGGAAACGCUAUUUGUGAUGAAAAACAACGUUGUCUGUGCCCAGAACCCAAUAUAGGAAACGACUGCCGACAUCCAUGCGAGGCAAUCACAUGCGGACCGAAUGCGCAUUGUAUGCUUGUAAACGGACAUGCCCAAUGCCUCUGCGGAGAAGGCUACACCGGCAGUGCAGGUACUCUUGGAGGAUGUAAUGAUAUUAACGAAUGCGUCGGCAACCCAUGUCCUGAAGGUGCCAUCUGUACCAACACUUUGGGCGGAUACUUAUGUCAAUGCCCUGGAGGAUCUUCAGGUGACCCAUACCAUGGAGGAUGCUUGCGAGUGGAAACGCCGUUCAGAUGUAGCGAAAAGAACCCAUGUCCUGCCGGAGAGCAUUGCGUCACAGACAGCUUCUCUGACGUUAGCGUCUGUAUUUGCCAACAAGGAUAUGAACGCGACCUGGCUACAGGCAAAUGCCGAGAUGUCGACGAAUGCUCAUCUAACCGCGAAAAGCCAGCCUGUGGACUGAAUGCUUUGUGUAAAAACCUACCAGGAAGCUAUGAAUGUCAAUGCCCUCCCGGAUUCAACGGAAAUCCAUACAACCUAUGCGAGGAAUGCAAUACUCCGGAAUGCCAAUGCCAACCACCUUACAAACUCAUCGGUAACACAUGUAUGAUCGCAGGUUGCUCCAAUGGAGAAAAAUGCGGAAAGGGAGCCGAAUGCAUAUCUAUCGCAGGAGGCGUCAGUUAUUGCGCUUGUCCUAAAGGAUUCCGAGCAGAACCAGAUGGAUCAUGCACAGAUGUUGAUGAAUGUGCAGAAAGCCUAUCCUCUUGCGGAUAUGGCGCUCAAUGUAUCAACACAGAAGGUGGCUACACUUGCGUUUGUCCACAAGGCUAUGGUGGUGAUCCGUACAAUGGACACUGUGCUCCAGCUCAACGCAGAUGUUCCGCCGACAAAGAAUGCGGAGCCAAUGAGAAAUGCGUCCAACCAGGUGAAUGUGUUUGCCCACCACCAUUCUUCCUUGACCCCACCGACGGAAACAAAUGCAAAAAUCCUUGUGAACGAUAUCCUUGCGGUAUAAACGCCAAAUGCACACCCAGUGAUCCACCUCAGUGCAUGUGUGAAGUUGGCUUCAAGGGAGAUCCACUACUAGGCUGCGUCGAUGAAGACGAAUGUUCUCAUUCACCAUGUGCAUACGGCGCAGACUGUAUCAACCAAAAAGGCGGAUAUCUCUGUGUUUGUCCAAAAGGAAUGACUGGUGAUGCCUAUAAGAGCGGUUGCAUCCUUGAAGAUGGUGUAGCGAGGAGCGAAUGUAAAUCAAAUGAUGACUGCGCCAGUAAUUUGGCUUGUAUGCACGGAACAUGCACCAGCCCUUGCGCAAAUCUCCUCUGUGGACCAAAUGCCUACUGCGAACCUGAAAAUCAUGCCGGAUGGUGCCGAUGUCGGGUUGGAUUCUCAGAAGGACCAAACGGGGAAUGUGUAUCACAAUGCAAGGAUUUUCUUUGCGGCGAGGGAGCACUAUGCAUUCCAACUGCUGACGGACCAACAUGUAAAUGUCCACAAGGACAAUUGGGUAAUCCCUUCCCCGGUGGACUCUGUACAACAGAUCAGUGUUCUAGCACUCGUCCUUGCUCCGAACCACAAGUUUGUAUCGGAGGACGUUGCAAAGAACGAUGCGACGGAGUUGUUUGUGGUAUUGGCGCUACUUGCGACAAAAAUCUUGGCACAUGCGUAUGCGAACCACACUUCAUCGGAAAUCCAGAUUUGCUGUGUAUGCCUCCUAUCACAUUUGCCCAAUGUACUCCUCAAUGCGGUGAGAACGCCCACUGCGAAUACGGCAUCUUGUCCAGCAAAUGUGUUUGCAACCCUGGAACAACAGGCAAUCCGUACGAAGGAUGUGGAGCCCAGAAGAAAGUCACCUGUGAACCGGACAGUUGCGGUGCAAAUGCAGAAUGCCAUUCUGACAUCAACGGCAUUGGGUGUGAGUGUCCACCAGGAUAUUUCGGAAAUCCUUACGUUUACUGCAACGACAUCGAUGAGUGCUCUAACAAACCUUGUGGUGAACACGCGGUUUGCAUAAACACACCCGGAAGUUACGACUGCAAAUGCAAGCUUGGAUAUGCCGGAAAUCCAUUCGCUUCGUGCCAGCCCAUCCAGAAGGACUACUGCAGUGAUCCUCGCAAUUGUGAGUGUACAGCCUCGAUUCAAUGCCCAGUCGGAUUCGUUUGUGAACGAAAUAAGUGUAAGGAUCAAUGUGCCCGAGUAUCCUGCGGUCCACGAGCCGCUUGCGAUGCUGGCAAGUGCGUAUGCCCGCCAGGUUACAGUGGAGAUCCAAAUGAUCCAAGGAAAGGAUGCACUGUCCUGGGCCAUUGCAACAACGAUGUCGACUGUAGAAAAUCCGAAAUUUGCUUCCAGAUUGGCAAAGGAGUGCGCAAAUGUGUUGAUGCUUGCAGCAAAAUCCAAUGUGGUCCAAACGCGCUAUGCGUCUCCAACGAUCAUCGAUCAACUUGUAUCUGCGCCGAUGGUUACUUUGGUAACCCAAGCAAUCUUCAAGUUGGCUGUCAGCCAGAAGAGAAACCAUCUGUACGCCAAGACGCUUGCAAAUCUGACGCGGAUUGUAAGAAGGGUCAUAUCUGCUCACCAGAUACUGAGGGAAUAAAAUCAUGUACCAACCUAUGUGCAACCGUGGUCUGUGGAAAGAACGAGCGUUGCAAAAUCGAUGGCAACGGACAUCCUGUUUGCAUCUGCCACGACAGCUUUGUCUGGAAUCCAGUGUCUUCAUCUUGCGAGAAACCAUCAAUUCCGGACUGCACAACCAAUGACGAUUGCGCCCAAAAUGCUGCUUGUAGACCUGAUAUCCUGGGAGUCCUCAAAUGUACGCCAAUUUGUUCAGAAUUCACAUGUCCUGCAAACGCAGCCUGCGUUGCAGUCGACCAUAUUGGUAGUUGCGACUGUCUUCCUGGAUAUACUGGAAACCCUAAUGACAGAAACGGUUGUCAACCGGCCCUUACCAAUCAAUGUAGGACAAAUGCUGAGUGUUCUGAGUCUGAGGCUUGCGUCAAAGUUGGUCCAACUGAACAGCUCAUGUGCAGACCAGCCUGUGAGAAUGUCAAGUGUGGUCCACAUGCCGUGUGCAUCACAAAUAAUCAUCUAGCACAAUGUCAAUGCCCACCAGGACCAUUCGCCGGAGAUCCAUAUGAUGUAACGAAAGGUUGUCAAAGUGUUCCUUGCGUGUAUAACGUUGACUGCCCACCAAGUCAAUUGUGCAACAGAUUGACCCACACUUGCUACGAUGUUUGUGAGAACCAACAAUGCGGAGAAAACGCUGUAUGUAUUGCUGAAGACCAUCGUGCUGUUUGCCAAUGCCCGGCAGGUUACAAGGCCAACCCACUUCCAGAAGUUGAAUGCAUCCCAGUAGGAGGAUGCGCUCCGGGUACAUGUCACCCAACAGCUAUUUGUGAAAUUACCUCUGCUGGACCGAUCUGUAGAUGUCCUACAAAUUAUAUUGGUGACCCAAUGAGAACGGGAUGUCGGCCGGAAGGUCGCUGUCCGAAUGGCGAUGCUGACUGUCCAAUAAACGCCGCUUGCUUAAAUGGACUCUGCGUGGACCCUUGUGAAAAUGCCUGCGGAUCUAAUGCCGUAUGCAAAGUCGUUGACCGAAAACCAGUAUGCUCAUGUCCCUUAAGAUUCGCCCCUGGUCCAAAUGGACCUCAAGAUGGUUGCGUCAGACUAAUAUCUAAAUGUACCAGCGAUACUGACUGUGGAGGUCAAGUGUGCCACUAUGGGCAAUGCAAAGUUGUCUGCAGAAGUAGCAACGACUGUUCCUUCGGCGAAAAAUGCCUCCAAAAUAUGUGCGUAGUACCAUGCUUGGAUCAUAGCCAAUGUCCUAGUGGUUUGGCUUGCCUAUCUGGAAUAUGUAACAUUGGCUGCCGCAGUAACAAGGACUGCAGCGCUGACGAAGCUUGUAUAGACAGUAAAUGCCAGAACCCAUGCAAAUCUGAUGGAGUUUGUGGACCCAAUGCUCUUUGCACCUUCAGUUCACACAAGACCAGCUGCAGCUGUCCGCCAGGCUUUGAAGGAAAUCCAACCCCAGAACAAGGAUGCGUCCGAGUACCAGCAACAUGCCAGGCAACCAAUCAAUGCCCAGCUGGUCAUAUGUGUAUUGCGAACCAAUGCAACCUGCCAUGUACAAAAACUACCGCUUGUGCCGUUGGCGAACGAUGCUACAACAAUGUUUGCCGGAAAGUCUGCUACACUAACAACAACUGCCUGCCAGGAGAGAUCUGUAAUAACGACGGAACUUGCGAGCCUGGAUGCGAAUCAGACGGUGACUGUCCAGCUACUGAACUUUGCUUGAAUGGAAAAUGUAAAUGUGCCACUGGAUUCAUUGGAACACCAUUCGGUUGUACAGAUAUCGAUGAAUGUACAGAGUCUCCAUGCCACCCAUCAGCACUUUGUGAAAACAUCCCGGGAUCAUAUAAGUGUGUUUGUCCCGAAGGUACUAAUGGCGAUGGCUAUUCCAAUGUUGGUUGUGCCAAAUCUAAGGAAUGCUAUAAACAUGAAGACUGCGCUGACAAUCUGGCUUGUACCGAUGGUAAAUGUACCAACCCAUGCUCCUUCACUACUUGUGGACCUAAUGCUAUUUGCCAAGCGUCAAGCCAUCGAGCAAUCUGUCAUUGUCCUGCCGGACAUUUGGGAGAUCCAACUGACACAUCGGUCGGAUGCUUCCGAGUCGAGUGCGUCAAUAAUGAGGAUUGUGCCCAUGAUAAACAGUGUCAUGCUGAAACGAAUAGAUGCAUCAAUCCAUGUGAUAUCGUCAACUGUGGAAAGGGUACUUGCUCUGUUCGGGACCACAACGCUGCAUGCACAUGCGCCCAAGGGUACUACUUGGUCGAUGGCAUUUGCGAGGAUAUCGACGAAUGCCAGAACCAUCCUUGUCAUUCCUCUGCCAUCUGCCAGAACAUCCCCGGCAACUUCCUUUGUACCUGCCCCGAAGGGCUUAUCGGAGACCCAAUGUCAACUGGCUGCCGCAAUCCCGGCGAGUGUCUUACCGAUUCCGACUGUCCAACCACUGCCCUUUGUGAGAAUUCACGCUGCAAGAAUCCAUGCGAGUCGCCCAAGGCCUGUGGCGAAAAUGCCGAGUGUAUUCCAAAUGCCCAUGCCGCUGUUUGCAGAUGUCCACCCAACUCGCGUGGCGAUCCUCAUGUACUUUGUGUUCAUAUUGAGUGUUCAGAUAACAAUGACUGCCCCAACGCCAGAGCCUGCGUUGAUUCUAAAUGUAUUGAUCCGUGCUCGAUGUCCAACUCCUGUGGACAGAAUGCUGACUGUGUGGCUCAAAAUCAUAUUGGCAUAUGCUCCUGUACGCCGGGUACGACUGGCAACCCACUAUUGGGAUGCACCCCAUUGCAGUACUGUAACAGCGACCAACAAUGUCCUUCGGGAAAUAUUUGCAAUGGAGGAAUCUGCAGUUCUUUGUGUACCAGCAACCGAGAUUGUAUUUCAGACCAGCUUUGUAUCAAAGGAAUUUGCCAGCCAACAUGUAAAUCCAACACAACCUGCCCCGACUUCCAGUACUGUUUGAACAAUAUUUGCACCAGAGAGAACCUUUGCAAUAGCGAUGAUGACUGCGCUUUCAAUGAAAACUGCGUUGUCGAUAAUUACGGACGAGCUACGUGCCAGGACUCAUGUGUUGGACGAGUUCUUUGUGGACGCAAUGCUGAAUGCAAUGCUCGCAGUCAUAGCGCUGAUUGUGAAUGCAAGGAAGGAUUUUUCGGAGACCCGAAGACAGGAUGCCAAAAGAUUGAAUGUUCAACGGAUGAUGAAUGUAACAAUGACCAGACCUGUGAUAACCAUGUCUGUAAGAUAGCUUGUCUUAUUGGCAAACCUUGCGGAGAUAAUGCCCUUUGUACUGCCGAGAACCAUCGACAAGUCUGCUACUGUCAACCAGGAUUUACCGGUGAUCCAAAGUAUGGUUGUACAUUGAUCGAUUUCUGUAAGGAUGCCCCGUGCGGACCAGGUGCCGAGUGCAGGAACUAUCGCGGAACUUUCAAAUGUACAUGCCCACCAGGUUUGGUAGGUGAUCCCAACAAUGAAGGAUGCCGAACUGCAGUAGAAUGUGUGACGAAUGAUGAUUGCCCAGCUGCUGCUGAGUGUGGCCAAGUCAAUGGAGAGCCAAAAUGUGUAGAUGUCUGCAAACAUACCACUUGUGGACCUAAUGCGGAAUGCUUACCGAAAGGACAUGUUGCAUAUUGUGCCUGCCAAUCAGGUUACGAUGGAGACCCAAAUAAUCUUGAAGCUGGAUGCCAACCUUUGCCCGUUCCAUGUCAAGUAAGUUCCGACUGUCCACCAAGCACGUAUUGCUCUGAGGAUGUUUGCAAACCAACAUGUAUUCUGGAUGCCGAAUGUGGCGUUUUGGAAGUAUGUCGCAGCGGACAAUGUAUCAAUCCAUGUCUGCAACCUCAAGCUUGUGGAAUGAAUGCGGAGUGUCUAAUUGGAGCACAUAAGAAACAGUGCUCAUGCCCCGCAGGAUUCACUGGAAACCCAGAGGUCGAGUGCGUUCGAAUUCCGAUUUCUUGCUCAGCGGAUCAUGACUGUAAUCCAGGACACUCUUGCAAUGACUUUAUGUGUUUGCCGCAGUGUAGUGCUGACCAGGAUUGUGCACUUAAUGAGAAGUGCCUUCGAGGAAGUUGUAUGCUUACCUGUCGUGUUGAUAAUGAUUGCUUCCUUGGGCAUAUAUGUCUUCAUAAUAAGUGCAUCUUUGGAUGUCAUUCAGAUGAUGAUUGUAGCGCGUCGGAGUCUUGUAGGAAUAACAAAUGUACGAAUCCUUGCGCGGAAAGCCCUUGUGGUCCGAAUGCUAUCUGCUCCGUUUCAAAUCAUCGUGCUUCAUGCUCUUGCGUCACAGGCAUGGUACCCAAUCCCACUGCCAUUGUCGGAUGUGUCCGCUCCCCACCACUGCCAUGUACUGAAAACAGGAACUGCCCACAAGGAUUGGCUUGCUUCGAAUCUCAAUGUCGACCAUUGUGCGCCAGUGAUAGCGGCUGUUUCAGCAAUGAACGUUGCGAAGGUGGCACAUGCAAACCACUCUGUCGCCGAGAUGACGACUGUCGCAGCAAUGAGGUAUGUCGCGGCCUAACUUGUGUCCUGGGAUGCCGAUCGGAUCAAGGUUGUCCGGCCAGUCUGUCCUGUAUCAACCACAAAUGCGAAGAUCCUUGUGCAACCCCUACAGCAUGCGGAACCAAUGCUCAAUGUACUGUAGUGGAUCAUAGAAAGCAAUGUAGCUGUCCGGAACCACUUGUUGGUAAUCCGGAAGUUGGAUGCAAGUAUCAACCGACUAUUUGUACUGCGAAGACUGAUUGUCCUGCAGAUCAUGUUUGCUAUGGAAAUGUUUGCCAGGCAACAUGUCGAAGUGAUAAGAACUGUUUGAAUGAUGAACGUUGCAUACAAGGAGUUUGUCGGUCAGUUUGUAAUACCGAUUCAUCGUGCGCACAGGGACAGAUAUGUGAGGGACGAAUUUGCCAGAUUGGAUGCAGAAAUGAUUUGGUUUGCGAGAGCGAUCAGGCGUGUAUCAAUAAUAAGUGUUUGAAUCCAUGCGAGUACUCUGGUCAAUGCGGAACCUGUGCUGAAUGUCAAGUAAUCAACCACGGUGUUCAAUGCAGUUGUCCAAAGGGCUUCCUUGGAAACGGAUUGACCGGAUGUUCACAGCCUCCAGAACGUUGUAACUCUUACUGCCAAUGUGACGAACAAGGUAUCUUCUGCGCACCAAAAUGCAGUUCCACUAACGAUUGCUCGUGCGGACAAACAUGUUUCAAAGGAAAAUGUAGACAUGCUUGUGAAGCCGGUCUAUGCCCACAAGGUCAACUUUGCCAAGACGGAGCCUGUAUAGCAGGAUGCCGUUCAAAUAGUGACUGCGCCGCUGAACACUCUUGCAUCCUUGGACAAUGCUUAGAUCCUUGCUCGCGCGACGGAGCCUGCGGAACAAAUGCUCUUUGUCGAGUUUCUGACCACCGUGUUCUGUGCUUCUGUCCUGAUGGUUACCAAGGAGAACCAUCAAAAGAAUGUGUACAAUUUGAAUGCCAACAGGACGAAGAGUGUGAUGCUAGUAAACGUUGUGUUGGCGGAACGUGCCGAAAUCCUUGCUUGGAAGUCGGUGCCUGUGGUAUUAAUGCACAAUGCAGGGUUGUAAACAAACAAGCCAAGUGUUCAUGCCCUCCAGACUAUUUUGGCAAUCCAGAGACCGAAUGCCAACCAUUGACUGUAUCCGGUUGCGCCAAAAAUCCUUGCGGUGCUAAUACGAAAUGUCGCGAUGUACUUGGAGGAUUUGAAUGCAGUUGCAUGGACGGUUGUGUCGGUGAUCCAAGCAAAGGAUGCAUCUGUGGUGAUACACAGAUAAAUGUUUGUCAUGACCAACCUUGUGGUAUCAAUGCUGCUUGUCGAGUGUUGAAUCAUAACGAACCUCAGUGUUACUGUCCGCAAUCAUUCCCAUAUGGAGAUCCUUAUACUGAAUGUACACCCUUCCAACAGACAGGGGACUGUCGCUCAACAGGUUGUGCUGUAGGUGACUGUGUUCGUGAAGCUACUGGAUAUGUCUGCAAACAAGACAGAGAAUGCAUCUCGGACGUGGAUUGUCCCAGCGAGAAGGCAUGCAUACAAGGACAUUGCUCCGAUCCAUGUACAAUGCGUGGCGCAUGUGGUGCAAAUGCCCUCUGUAAAACAGUCCUACAUCGGCCCCGAUGUUCAUGUCCAAAUUGUUACAUUGGUAGACCAAACGUAGAAUGCCGACCGGAUCCAAAAUGUGAUUAUUCCACAACACCUACACCAACUACCGAUCGAACUAUCCAGCUAACAUGCAACCGAGACAGUGAUUGUCCCGAAACUCUUAGAUGCGAUCGUUACGGACAAUGCAUGGAUCCUUGUCAGAAUCCAACAUACGUAUGCGAAGGCAACAAAAAAUGCGAGACGCAUCAUCACAAGCCCGUAUGCGUCUGUAAGUCAGGAUUCGUUGUGAAUGAGUAUGGAGAACUGACCUGCGCUCCUGAGAAGCGCGAAUGUUUCCGCGAUGAUGACUGUGCUUCGAACAUGGCAUGUAUAGAUAGCAAGUGCCGAAAUCCUUGCAUCACACUGCCACAUCGUGCGCCAAUAUGCUCCAAGAAUAAGACAUGUCAAGUACAGGACCAUAAACCAAUAUGCAUAUGCUACAAGGACUGUUCCCCAUCCCUGUCCAUUUGUCUGCGCGACAAUGGUUGCCCAACUGGGCUUGCAUGCCGUAACUACCAGUGUGUCAACCCUUGCGAUUAUGCCGCCUGCGCUCCGAACUCGCCGUGUAUUGUUGAGGAUCAUAAGCCCAUCUGUAAAUUCUGUCCACCAGGUUUCGUAGCUGACUCAAGAAAUGGAUGUCAAAAAGAAAUAGGUUGCAGAUCAAGUAGCGAUUGUCCUUCACAGCGUGCCUGCGUCAAUGAAAUUUGCGUUGAUCCUUGUGCCUAUGCGAACCCAUGUAGCGGCGAGCAAGAGUGCCAGGUGCAAAAUCAUCAAGCUGUUUGUGUAAAAGUAUGUCAAUGCCAGAAACAUUCUGACUGCCGAGGACAUCUCCAGUGCGAUGGCUGCAAUUGCAUUCAACAACGUGAUCCAGUUGUGACAACCGGUUGUGAACAUUGUCCACCAGGAGUUUCUUGUGAUCCAACAACAGGUGCAUGCGUAAAAGACACAGUUACAACUACCAAGCAAACCUUAACUGGUGUUACUACCGAAACUACUCCUACCAUACCUCUAACAACUUUAACCGAUACUAACAUAGAAACAACAACGCCAAUAACAUCGGUUCCAAUAACAACAACACAAACUACGGUGAAAUCGGAAGAAGAAAUCACAACAACAACAACAACAAGUGAAUCCAGGACCACGGGUACAACUCCGUUGAGUGAAACCACUACCGCGGGUACAACCUUGUCAAGUGAAACUAGUACCACGGGUACAACCCCAUUGAUGGAGACCGGUGCGACUCCGUCAAGUGAAAUAACUACAACUAUGAAACUCAGUACAUUGAACAAAGGAUAUCGUGAUGGUGAAAAUAAUAUAACGGAGCCAUUCACGUAUGAAACCACAGGUGCUACCAGUACAAGUGUUCCAAUGAAUUUAGAGACAGCGAAAACCACAGUAGGCUCGACUUCUGAGACAACAGAAUCAGUGAUAACAAGCAAAGCGGAUACGGUAAGGACUGAGGGAACAACACCCAGUGGUGCAAAGACUACCCUGCCUCCCUCCGGCGAACAAAUAACCAGCACUCAGUCCACGGAAGGAACCACAACAGCUGACUUGGGAGACCAUCAGAAAACAACUAGGUUUGGUGAAACUACAACCGUUUCAAUUGAAACGAGCUCGUCGAAAGUUACAGAGCCAACGACAAGUGGUUACACUACAACGAAAUCCGUUGAAGAAGAAUUCAGCUCUGAGACUCCUAUUGAAGCCACGUCAACCCCUAAAGGAGUAGGUACAACCACGAAAGAAGCAGGGUUUGAUACAAGUUCUACAGUUUCAAAAGAAACUGAAAUAGUAACAAGUUCCACCGAAAGGUACCCUGCUACAAGUCCAGUCGAGGGUGGCACAGGCUCAACAGAAGCCUCUACAACACCUUCAACUGAGCCAGGCAAAGAGGAGUACACAACGUCGACUCCCACUGAGCCCCAAACGACUACAAAGGUCUCGGAAAGCACUUCAACCCCCACUGAGCCCCAAACGACCACAAAGGUCUCGGAAAGCACAUCAACUCCCACUGAGCCCCAAACGACUACAAAGGUCUCGGAAAGCACUUCGAGCCCCACUGAGUCCCAAACGACUACAAAGUUCUCCGAAGGCACUACAACUCCCUCCGUGAAAAUAACUACAUACAGAGGAACCUACUCCCCGACCUAUGUAGAAAGCACUACCCCUUCGGUUAUCGACAAAACAACCAAACCUGAAGAGUCAACAACGAGGACCAUCACAAGCGUUUCCGAGGAGGAGCGUUCAACAGUUCGAAUUUCGCAAGAAACAACUGCCCCAACGCCAUCCGAGACUACCACAGGUCGUCCAACCUAUUCUUCUUCAACUGAAUCUGAAGAAGAGACAACCUCACCAUUUGUUGAUUAUACAAAACGACCUUCAACACGGGGUGAUACCUCCCUCGAAUAUGACUAUUCCAAUGCGACCGUAACCACUCAAGAUCUAACUGGCACAAUAUUAACCACUACUCAAACAUAUCCAUUAGCCACAGAAAAAAUACACAUCCUAGAUAGUAAGGAUAACGAUACUGAAACAUCUACCAUCUACCCCACUAUUACUACCACAACAAGUAUCACAACAAUACUAAAACCAUGCAAAACAUCCAAGGAUUGUGCUUCUGCAUCCAAUGAGAUAUGCUUUAAUGGUAGCUGUUUGAAGCGUUGCCCAGAUAAUGACACAACAAUUGAGAAUAACAUCGGUUGCGUAAAAGAACCGCCGGGCACCUUCAAAGCACCAGAUCCAUGCGUAACAGAUAACGAUUGUAUUGAAACGGAGGCUUGCUACAUGGGUCAGUGUCAUGAUCCGUGCGAAUUUACGAAUGCAUGCGCGAAAACGGCCACCUGUAAGGCUAAAAUGCAUCGACCAAUAUGCUCGUGCCCGAAGGGUCAUGAAGGCAAUCCGGCCGUUAAAUGUACACCAAUUGAGCCACUCAAAUGCACUAGAAACGAGGAUUGUUCUUUAACGGAGGCUUGUAUAGGAGGCAUGUGUCAGCGGCCAUGCGAUGUACGUAAUCCUUGCACCCACAAUGCUGUCUGUAUAAACACAAAUCAUGGCUCUGACUGUACAUGCUUGGAAGGAUAUCAAGGAAAUGGAUAUGUUGGAUGUCAACCAGUGACCUCCUAUCAGCCAGUUUGUCAAUACAACGAGGACUGUCCACCGGAUAAGCUUUGCGAUCGCCUGAACAGGCGUUGUAUCAGUCCAUGUCAGUUCGAUUCCUGCGGCGAUAAUGCUGAGUGUAUUCCAUCCAAUCAUGGAGUUGAAUGCCGAUGCUUCGACGGUUACAGCGGUAAUCCUUACAUAUCCUGCUCAAAGGCUGGAUGCUACGACGACUCCGAGUGCGGUUAUACUGAAGUUUGCAGAAAUGGACAAUGCAUCACCCCAUGCAAAUGUGGAGUUAACGCUAUUUGUGAUGUAAACAACCGCCUGCCAACAUGCAUUUGCCCACCAGGCUAUUCAGGCGAUCCAGAGGUCAAAUGUCUUCCACCGUCGGACCCAUGUAAUCCGAACCCAUGCGGAGUGCACGCCCUAUGCGAACUGGACCGAGGAAACCCUAUUUGCUUCUGUCCAAAAGGAUCGACCGGAAAUCCAUUCAAACUUUGCAUUCCUGAAGGUGCUGAAUGCGCCCCAGAUGCUUGUGGACCAAACAGCGGCUGUCGCGUUGUCAACGGAAAAACAGUAUGCUUCUGCCUACCCGAGUAUGAAGGAAAACCACCACAUGUACCAUGCCGCUUGCCAUCCAACCCAUGUGAUCCAUCCCCUUGCGGUCCUAACACACAAUGUACGGUCCUCAGCAAUGGAUUCUCAAAAUGUACCUGCCUGCCUGGCUACGUCGAAAGCCCGAACACCAUCCGAGGCUGCAUUGAACCAAAGAACUCUUGCGAACCUAAUCCAUGUGGCCUUAAUGCUAUUUGCGAUGCACAUAGAUCACCGAAUUGCUACUGUCCCGAGCCAUUCGUUGGCAACCCAUACAAACAAUGUCUCCAACCGAUAGCACAAGAUGCUCUGUGUCAACCAGGACCAUGCGGACGAAAUGCUGAUUGUUACGUAGCACAUAGCAGGGAGCAGUGCUUCUGCAGACCAGGUUACAUUGGAGACCCUUAUACAGGAUGUCGCGAACAGCCACGAACAGCUUGUGAUCCUAAUCCAUGUGGACCAGGAGCACAAUGUGUUAUUUCACCAACUGGACAGAGUAUGUGCAGAUGCCCCGAUGGAAUGGGAGGAGAUCCAACCAGCUUAUCUGGAUGUUCAGGAUAUGAAUGUCAACUUGAUGAUGAUUGCUCCAACGACAAAGCUUGCUUGGGCUUCCGAUGCCGUGAUCCAUGCCCUGGCGCCUGUGGAUUCGGAGCUGAAUGCAGAGUCGAACGACACCAUCCAGUUUGCUCUUGUCAACCUGGUUUGACUGGAAACCCAUCGAUUCGUUGCUACGCCCACGAUGUUAUUGAACCACAGAAUCCAUGCAUGCCAAGCCCAUGUGGACUGAAUACUCAUUGUCAGAUUUUGAACAAUCGCGCCGUAUGUUCGUGUCUACCAGAUCAUCAUGGAGAUCCACAGUCCGGAUGUCUUCCCGAAUGUACCAUCAAUUCAGAUUGUCCAUCAGAUAAAUCUUGCAUGAAUAGGCGAUGCAUCAAUCCUUGUGAGGGUACGGUCUGCGGUUUGAAUGCUGAAUGUCACGUCACCAUGCACACUCCAAUGUGCGCUUGUGUCCAAGGAUAUAUUGGGGAUGCGUUCAUGCAAUGUAUCCCAGUCGGUGUAUUAACGAAUGUUAGUCGAGAUCCUUGUACUCCAUCACCAUGCGGGCCUAAUAAUGUCUGCUCAGUCUACGGUAACGGCAUAGCCUUGUGCGAUCCAUGCUUAGGUCCAAACGCCGCUUUAAAUCCUGCCUGCAGACCAGAAUGUAUUUCCAACUCGGACUGUGCAUUCGACAAGGCUUGUUUGGGACAGAAAUGUGUUGAUCCUUGCCCGGGAUCAUGUGGCCACAAUGCUAUCUGCAAUGUCUACGCUCAUAAUCCGAUCUGCUCUUGUCCGCAAGGGUUGUUUGGAAAUCCAUAUGAAUACUGUUCGGUACCUUCAGUAAUAAGUCCAUCUCGCACGGAAACCUGCGAUACUGUACAAUGUGGGGCCAACGCCGAAUGCAAGGAUCGAAGCGGAGUACUUACCUGUAUGUGCAUCCAAGGAUACUACGGAGAUCCUUUGAUUGGUUGCAGACCUGAAUGCGUCUUGAAUACCGACUGUGCAGCAAAUAUGGCUUGUGUAAACAUGAAAUGCCAGAGUCCUUGCGUGGGUGCUUGUGGAAAACGAGCUGAAUGUAACGUAGUUAACCAUUCACCAGUUUGCUCAUGCCCAGAAGGUUACACCGGGGAUGCAUUUGUGGUAUGCACACCGUAUUACUUGCCACCAGUACCGACACCACCAGAGAAUCCUUGCGACCCAUCGCCUUGCGGUGCGAACAGCCGAUGCUUGAUUUCACCAGAACGCAAUGCUGUUUGUUCAUGCCUACCAGACUACCGAGGAUCACCACCACUUUGUCAGCCUGAAUGUAUCGUCAGCGCAGAAUGUCCUCAGAACAGAGCUUGUGUCAAUCAGAAAUGUAUCGAUCCUUGCCCAGGAACAUGUGGAUCCAGUGCUCGGUGCGAAGUUAUCAGCCAUAAUCCAAUUUGUAAUUGUGAGCCUGGAUAUGAGGGAGAUCCUUUCACAGGAUGCGUUAAGAUUCCUUCCGAUGAGAUCGAACGUCGACCAGAAAAUCCAUGUUUCCCGUCACCAUGUGGACCAAAUUCCAUUUGCCAGGAGAGACAAGGACGUCCGGUUUGUUCCUGCGUUGCCAACUACAUCGGUAGCCCACCAUACUGUCGACCAGAGUGUACCCUGAACAAUGAGUGCCCACAGGACAAGGCUUGUAUCAACGAGAAAUGUCAAGAUCCUUGCGUCAAAGGAUGCGGCAUCAACGCUGAGUGUCACGUAGUUGCGCAUGCUGCUUAUUGUAGCUGCUUACAAGGAUACCAAGGCGAUGCGUUUGUUCAGUGCUCAAAGAUCCCACCAUUCCAACCGGCGGAUCGAAUGGAUCCGUGCAGUCCAAACCCAUGUGCUGAGAAUGCAAUCUGUCAUGAACGAAACAACCAGGCGAAAUGUACUUGUAUUUCACCGUACAUUGGAGAUCCUUAUUCGGCUGGAUGCCGUCCUGAAUGCGUCUAUAGUGCCGAGUGUCCAAGCAAUUUAGCUUGUAUUAAACAGCAUUGUCGUGACCCGUGUGUUGGAACUUGCGGAUCGAAUUCGGAGUGUUUGGUCGUGAACCAUGUCCCUACGUGCAUUUGCCAGCGCGGAUAUGAAGGUGAUCCUUUCACUGGAUGCAAGCGCGAGCCAAUUCAUCCUGUUGCGGAGAGUCCUUGCGAACCGUCACCGUGUGGCCCGAACAGUCUUUGUCGUGUCAUUGACGGUCGCCCAACUUGCUCAUGCCAAGCCGGUUUCAUAGGAUCACCACCAUCAUGUCGACCAGAAUGCGUGGUCAGUUCGGAAUGCGGGCAACACUUGGCUUGUAUCAACAGGAAGUGCGUUGAUCCAUGCCCAGGAGCGUGCGGCUUCAAUGCCAAGUGCCAAGUCGUGAAUCACAAUCCAAUCUGCUCAUGUCCAAACGGUUACAUCGGAGAUCCUUUCGAACAAUGUACAGUGAAACCUCAAGAGCCACCACGAAAUGUCAAUCCAUGCGUCCCAAGCCCAUGUGGUCCUAACUCUGAGUGCCGAGAAACUGAUGGUCGGGCCGUCUGCUCAUGCGCUCUAGGAAUGUUUGGAGCUCCUCCCAACUGCCGACCUGAGUGCGUCAUCCAUCAGGACUGUCCAUCGAAUCGAGCUUGUAUCCGCAACCGAUGUGAGGAUCCUUGCGUCGGUUCCUGCGGAUUCAAUGCCCUCUGUUCGACUCAAAAUCAUAAGCCAGUUUGCUCGUGCCUCGAUGGCUAUGAAGGUGAUCCGUAUGCUGGUUGUAAUAUGCGUCAAAUAGUACCAGUAAGAUCUGAUCCGUGCAAUCCGUCACCGUGCGGAUCGAAUGCUAUAUGUAAAGAAAGGAAUGGGGCUGGUUCUUGUACUUGCAUGCAAAACUAUUUUGGUGAUCCUUAUAUCAAUUGUCGACCGGAAUGUGUACAAAAUUCUGAUUGUCCUACAACUAAGUCGUGUGUUAAUAUGAAAUGUGUGAAUCCAUGUGCUAAUUUGUGUGGUAUAAAUUCGGAAUGUCGGGUUGCAAACCAUUUGCCAAUCUGUAAUUGCAUCCCAGGAUAUACCGGUGACCCGUUGAGAAUCUGUCAUCAGAUACCGCAAAUUGCUUAUGAAGAACCGCAUCGAGAUCCUUGUAGACCCUCACCAUGUGGCCUGUACAGCCACUGCCAAGUGGUUCAAGAUAGGCCCGUCUGUUCAUGCCUCCCAGACUAUCUAGGGGCGCCACCCAAUUGUCGACCUGAAUGUAUGAUAAGCUCUGACUGUCCAUCUGAUAGGGCGUGUAUUAAUCAGAAGUGCAAGGACCCUUGUCCUGGCACUUGUGGUUACAAUGCUAGAUGUCGCGUUACCAACCAUUCGCCGAUCUGUAGUUGCAUUGAACGCUAUGAAGGUGAUCCAUUCACUCAGUGUACACCAGUAAGAAAGCCGGUUGUAUACGAAGAACCUGUAAAUCCAUGUGUUCCCUCUCCUUGCGGUCCUAAUUCCGUAUGUCGUGUCUUUAACGGGCAUCCAGUAUGCUCGUGUGCCACAAGCUAUAUCGGAAGACCACCGCAAUGUCGGCCCGAAUGUACUAUCAACUCCGAGUGUCCUUCUCAUUUGGCUUGUAUCAAUAAUAAAUGUGCAGAUCCUUGCAUUGGAUCGUGUGGAGCAUAUGCCGAAUGUCGCGUAACGGCUCAUACACCAAGGUGUAUUUGUCAGCAAGGAUAUACAGGCGAUCCCUUCUCGGGAUGUCAUCGUGAUGUACCACUAAUUGAGCCACCCUCGUCUCCUUGUCAAUCAAAUCCCUGUGGAAUUAACGCUCUAUGCGAAGAACGUAAUCGUGCAGCCGCAUGUAAAUGUAUUCCUGAAUAUUUUGGUGAUCCUUAUGUUGAAUGUCGUCCCGAGUGUAUCAUUAACAGCGAUUGUAGCAAAUCGAGGGCCUGCGUCAAUAUGAAAUGUAUUGAUCCUUGCCCUGGAACAUGUGGUAUAAACGCUGAAUGUCGUGUUAUUAAUCAUGCACCCGUUUGCGAGUGCUUGCCUGGGUUCAUUGGCAAUCCAAUGAGCUCGUGUCAUCAACCGCCGCCACCGCCAAUCUAUCACGAACCGGUUGUUGAGAAUCCUUGUCAACCAUCACCAUGUGGACCAUACAGUCACUGUAAAGUACUUAGUGGACAUGCUGUUUGCUCAUGCAUAUCGAAUUAUAUUGGUGCUCCGCCCAAUUGUCGUCCUGAAUGUAUCAGUAGCUCUGAAUGCAGUCAGGACAAGUCGUGUAUCAAUGAAAGAUGUAAGGACCCAUGUCCUGGAACGUGCGGUUUGAAUGCUAAAUGUCGUGUCAUCAAUCAUAAUCCGAUAUGCACUUGCACCACUGGCUUCACGGGAGAUCCAUUUGUACGCUGCAUCCUGGAAGAAAAACCACCUGUACAGAGAGAACCCGCAAAUCCUUGCUUACCAUCGCCUUGCGGCCCGAACUCACAAUGUCGCGAACACAAUUCCCAGGCUGUCUGUACAUGCCUUCAGAACUAUAUAGGCCGCCCACCCAACUGUCGACCCGAAUGCACAACCAAUUCCGAAUGUCCUAGUAAUUUAGCCUGCAUUAAUCAAAAGUGCAAAGACCCGUGUCCUGGCUCAUGUGGAGCAUACACAACUUGCACUGUAAAUAAUCACAGACCAGUGUGUAGAUGCUAUGAUCGUUACACGGGUGAUCCUUUCGCUGAAUGUUCGCCUGUUAUAAUCGAACAACCACCGGAAAUCGCGGAACCUUGCAACCCAUCACCAUGCGGUGCCAACGCUGUUUGCAAGGAACGCAACGGGGCAGGAUCAUGUACUUGUCUCCCCGACUAUUUCGGUGAUCCUUACUAUGAGUGCAGACCUGAAUGUAUUUUGAAUUCCGAUUGUGCAAAGAAUCGUGCAUGCGUCAACAACAAGUGCAAAGAUCCUUGUCCUGGAGUUUGUGGUUCGAAUGCUGAAUGUCAUGUUAUUAACCACUCGCCAAGCUGCUCCUGUCUACCAGGUUACACAGGAAAUCCUUCGUCGUCGUGUCGCGAAAUUCCAAAACAAGCUGACUUAGUGCCGCAGAAUCCUUGCAUUCCCUCACCAUGCGGUCCAUACAGCAAUUGUCGUGAAAUCAACCAGCAUGCGGUAUGCUCAUGUCUGCCAAAUCAUAUUGGUACACCGCCUGCAUGUCGACCUGAAUGUUCCGUUAGCUCGGAAUGUCCACAAGACAAGGCAUGUGUUAAUCUUCGUUGCGUCGAUCCUUGUCCAGGUACCUGCGGUCUUAACGCUCAGUGCAAGGUUACAAAUCACAAUCCUAUUUGCACGUGCUCCGCUGAUUUCACUGGAGAUCCAUUCAUCCGGUGUAGUCCAGUACAAAGAGAACCUGUUGUCACUGAACCAGUCAACCCUUGCAUUCCAUCCCCAUGCGGGCCGAAUUCACAAUGUAGAGUCAUCCAGGAGUCUCCUGUUUGUACUUGCCUUCUAGGAUACGUAGGACGGGCACCAAACUGUCGUCCAGAGUGUACUCUUAACGCUGAGUGUCCAGCCAACUUGGCUUGCAUUAAUGAAAAAUGCAAGGAUCCUUGUCCAGGCUCAUGUGGUUUUAACGCUCUUUGUGAUGUCGUCAAACACUCGCCCGUCUGCACAUGUCAACAAGGUUACACUGGUGACCCAUUCUCUGGCUGUCAACCCAAACCUAUACAAAAGGAGGAAGUAAUAAAUCCUUGCAACCCGUCUCCUUGUGGUCCCAAUGCUCUAUGCAAAGAACGCAAUGGAGCAGGCUCGUGCACUUGCCUCCCAGAAUACUUUGGUGAUCCGUACAGUGGCUGUCGACCUGAAUGUACCUCAAAUAAUGACUGCCCGCGAGAUAAGGCUUGUGUGAAUAAUAAAUGCAAAGAUCCAUGCCCUGGAGUAUGUGGUCUAAAUGCAGAGUGUCAGGUGAAUAACCACGCUCCAACUUGCCUUUGUUUGCCUGGUCUUACCGGAAAUCCAUUCUCUUCGUGCCACGAACCACCGGCACCACCAAAACAACUGGAACCACUCAACCCAUGCGCACCAUCUCCAUGUGGUCCCUUCAGUCAAUGUCGCGAAAUCAACGGUCAUGCUGUCUGCUCUUGUCAGACCAACUACAUUGGUUCACCGCCCAACUGUAGACCAGAAUGUGUUGUUAGCUCCGAAUGUCCUCAGAAUCAAGCUUGUGAGAAGCAAAGGUGUAAAGAUCCGUGCCCGGGAGCAUGUGGACUGAAUGCCCGGUGUCAAGUUGUAAAUCAUUUUCCGGCAUGCUCUUGUCCUCCUGGCUUCACUGGAGAUCCCUUCAAUAGAUGCGAGAAGAUUCAGUUAGACACUCCUAUCCAACCAAGUGGCAAUCCAUGUGUCCCCAACCCGUGUGGUCCCAAUUCGAAAUGUAUCGAAGUUGGUGAUACACCUGCAUGUUCCUGCUUACCCAACUUUAUUGGUCGUCCACCGACUUGCCGACCAGAAUGCUCUAGUAGCUCUGAUUGUCCAGCAAAUUUGGCAUGUGUAAAUCAGAAAUGUAGUGAUCCGUGUGUGGGAGCUUGUGGUAUACAUACGACCUGUACUGUAAUUAAACAUAAUCCGGUUUGUCAGUGCUAUGCUGGCUAUACCGGAGAUCCGUUCUCUAGCUGUAUCGAAAUUCAACAAACUCCAGUAUCUGAAGCACCUAGGAACCCUUGCAACCCGUCACCCUGCGGAGCCAACGCUGUAUGCCGUGAACGCAAUGGCGCUGGAUCUUGUGUCUGCCUUCCUGAGUACUUCGGCGAUCCGUAUAGUGGAUGCAGACCGGAAUGUGUUCAAAAUUCAGACUGCGACCGCAACCGUGCUUGCGUUAACAAUAAAUGCCAGGAUCCUUGUCCCGGAGUUUGCGGACUGAAUGCUGAGUGUAGAGUCUUGAACCACGCUCCGACCUGCUCUUGUAUCAUCGGCUUUACCGGAGAACCUUUACGUGAAUGUCACCUAAUCGAAGUUGUCACCACCCCAACACCGAUUCAAAAUCCUUGCCAACCAUCACCCUGCGGACCAUAUAGUGAAUGCCGGGAGUCAAACGGUCAUGCUGUCUGCUCCUGCGUUACAGGCUACAUUGGUGCACCACCCAACUGUAAACCCGAGUGUGUAGUUAGCUCAGAAUGCGCCCAGAAUCGUGCCUGUAUCAAUCAGAAAUGUAGCGACCCAUGCCCAGGAACGUGUGGUGCCAACGCUCGAUGCCAAGUUGUCAAUCACAAUCCAAUCUGUACAUGCGCCCCAGGCCUGACAGGUGAUCCAUUCACUUCAUGCGUACAACCACCCCCACCAGCACGAGAUAGCGACAAUCCAUGCAUCCCGUCACCGUGCGGACCGAACUCGGAAUGUCGUCAAAUUGGUAACCAGGCUGCUUGCUCUUGUCUUCUGAAUUAUGUCGGACGUCCACCAAAUUGUCGCCCUGAAUGCACCAACAACGAAGAAUGCCCCAGUCAUUUGGCUUGCACAAAUGAACGAUGUAUCGAUCCAUGUCCAGGAUCAUGUGGACAAAAUGCAAUCUGUAAAGUCAUUCAGCACAACCCGGUCUGCUCGUGCGUCCAAGGAUACGAAGGCGAUCCAUUCAGCGCAUGUCAACCAAUUCAACCAAUCAUGGUUCCAGAACCAGUUGUUUCGCCAUGCGAACCAUCUCCCUGUGGACCUAAUGCUGAGUGUCGGGAAAGAAAUGGUGCCGGAGCUUGCUACUGUCACGAAGGAUUUGAGGGCAAUGCCUAUGAUACUGAACGAGGUUGCAGACGAGAAUGCGAAGUCAACGAUGAUUGUCAACUGGUUCAAGCUUGUGUUCGAUUCAAGUGUGUCAAUCCGUGCGAAAACCGUUGCGGAAUGUUUGCCCAAUGUAGCGUCGAAAAUCAUAUUCCAGUCUGUACCUGCCCACCAGGUUUGACAGGAGAUCCAUUCUCCCAUUGUCGAGAGAUACCGGUCUACUCCCCACCAGAGAACCCAUGCGUUCCAUCCCCAUGCGGUCCGAACAGUAUAUGCCGUAAUAUUAACGAUCAAGCCGUAUGCUCCUGUCAAUCAGGAUAUAUUGAUCAACCACCAAACUGUAGGCCAGAAUGUGUUGUCAGUUCAGAGUGCUCACCGGACAAAGCCUGCAUCAACAACAAAUGUGUCGAUCCUUGCCCACAUACAUGCGGAAUUGGAGCUUUGUGCACAACAAAGAAUCACAGCCCAAUUUGCACAUGCCCCCGUGGUUACACAGGCGAUCCAUUUGUUCAAUGCAUACGUACACCUAUCGUUCUUGAGGACCCAGUUACCGAAGCUCCACCAUCAUGCAUCCCAUCUCCAUGUGGUCCUAAUGCCAAAUGUCAAAUGAUAGGCGGUAGCCCAGCUUGCUCUUGCCUUGUAGACUUCAUCGGUAGUCCACCAAACUGUCGCCCUGAAUGCGUUUUGAAUUCAGAAUGUGGAAGCAACGAAGCAUGUAUCAAUCAAAAAUGCAAAGACCCAUGCCCAGGAUCAUGCGGAUUCGAAGCUCAAUGUAACGUAGUCAACCACGUCCCUGUCUGUACCUGCAUUGAAGGCUUUACAGGAGAUCCAUUUGUACGUUGUAACCUGCUUCCACCAGUAACUGUGAGACCCGUCGAAAAAGACCCUUGCAACCCAUCACCAUGCGGAUCAAAUGCUGAUUGCUUUAAUGGUGAAUGCCGGUGUCAACCAGAGUACAGAGGCAAUCCUUAUGACGGAUGUCGUCCAGAGUGUUCCCUCAGCUCCGAUUGCCCGCGUGACAAGGCCUGUUUGCGCAAUAAGUGUGUGGAUCCUUGCCCAGGAACCUGUGGAAUCAAUGCUCGUUGCGAAGUCAUCAAUCAUAUUCCAACAUGCUCGUGUCUACCAGAUUAUGAGGGUGAUCCAUUCACAAGCUGUCGCUUCAUCAAACGUGAACCACCUAAAGCUGCCCAACCAUGUAACCCGUCACCUUGUGGCCCUAACAGUCAAUGCCGAAACAUCAAUGAACAUGCGGUUUGCUCUUGUCUGGACGGCUUCAUUGGGGCUCCACCUCAAUGUAGACCUGAAUGUAUCGUAAGCAGUGAAUGCUCGCCAGUUCAGUCAUGCAUCAACAAAAAAUGCGUCGAUCCUUGCCGAGGUGCAUGCGGCAUUGACGCUAGGUGUGAGGUCAUCAAUCACAGUCCAAUCUGUGGUUGUCCACCAGAUAAGAUUGGCGAUCCAUUCUCUCGUUGCUAUGCUCCACCACCACCAAUCGAAAGAGUCGAUGAUCAUGUGCCACGCGAUCCUUGUCAGCCAUCUCCAUGCGGUGCUAACGCUGUAUGCAAAGUUGUGGGCGAUAGUCCAUCUUGCCAAUGUUUGCCUGAGUUCUUCGGUUCACCGCCAAAUUGCAGACCGGAAUGUAUCAUCAAUUCGGAUUGUCAGUCGACCCAAGCCUGUAUCAACAACAAAUGCAAAGAUCCUUGCCCUGGCUCAUGUGGAACAAAUGCUGAGUGCCGUGUCUUAAGUCACACUGUCUCAUGCUCUUGUCCUCUAGGAUUCACAGGAAAUGCAUUCGUGCAAUGCAUACUCCAGCAAAAGGAUGAACCAAUCAAUCCAUGCCAACCAUCACCGUGUGGCCCGAAUGCCGUUUGCGUCGAACACAACGGAGCUGGAUCAUGUAAAUGCAUUGAUGAAUACCAAGGUAACCCGUACGAAGGCUGCCGACCGGAAUGUGUUCUCAGCUCAGAUUGUCCAACUGACAAGGCUUGCAUCCGCAAUAAAUGUAAGGACCCAUGUCCAGGAAUUUGCGGUCAAAAUGCUCAGUGCUACGCUGUCAACCAUGUACCAAACUGUGUCUGUAACGAAGGAUUCUUCGGUGAUGCCUUCACUGCUUGUCAACGCAUCGUCCAACCUGAUAUUCCAGUCAAAUCGGAUCCAUGCAAUCCAUCACCAUGUGGUCCUAACAGCAAGUGCCGUGAGGCAAAUGGUGUAGCUGUUUGCUCUUGCGUCGAUGAAUAUAUUGGCUCACCGCCAAACUGCAGGCCAGAAUGCACAGUUAAUGCUGAGUGUCCGCAAAAUAAGGCAUGCCAUAAAUUCAAAUGUGCCAAUCCAUGCUCAGGAACGUGUGGUCUGAAUGCUAAGUGUGAAGUCAUCAAUCACAAUCCGAUCUGCAGUUGUCCUCUGGAUAUGACCGGUGAUCCAUUCACUCGUUGUUAUCCUGUUCCUGUCCGUGAGGAACCUCCUGCACCAAGACCAGCCAACCCAUGCAAUCCUUCACCAUGUGGACUGUAUGCCGAAUGCCGACCAAUCGGAGAUAGCCCAUCAUGCUCCUGUCUUGCUAACUACAUUGGAUCACCACCAAAUUGUCGACCAGAAUGUGUUGUGAACACAGACUGUCCAUCGGAUCGUGCUUGCAUUGCAGAGAAAUGCCGCAAUCCAUGCGAAGGCUCGUGCGGUAUCAACUCAGAAUGCAGAAUUCAAAAUCAUAUCCCGAUCUGCAUAUGCCGCGCAGGAUUUACUGGUGAUCCAUUCAGUCAGUGCGUAGAAAUCAUCGAAGUAGCGCCAAGCCCAACCCCAACUUUGGACCCAUGCAACCCAUCGCCUUGUGGAAGCAACGCUCAAUGCAAUGAUGGAAUCUGCACUUGUAUCCAGGAUUACCAUGGCGAUCCUUACCAAGGAUGCCGACCGGAAUGUACUUUAAGCACUGAUUGUUCGCCAAACAAAGCAUGCGUCAACAAACACUGUAUCGACCCAUGCCCAGGAACAUGCGGAGAAGACGCUCAGUGUGAUGUCCUGAACCACAUCCCGAUUUGUACAUGUCCACGAGGAUACACUGGUGACGCCUUCAUCCGCUGUCGCCCAGAAGUAAAACAAGAUGUACCAACGGAUCCUUGCAAACCAUCUCCAUGUGGUCCAAAUAGCAUCUGCCAUGCUACCCCUAGCGGUGCAGUUUGUGCCUGCCAGAUGGGCAUGCUUGGCUCGCCACCAUCCUGCAAACCGGAGUGCGUUGUAAGUGCCGAAUGCUCCCUCCAACAAGCCUGCAUCAACAAGAAGUGCGUCGAUCCUUGCCCAGGAUCAUGCGGUCAAAAUGCUCUUUGUCAAGUGAUCAACCAUAAUCCGAUUUGUACAUGUAAUUCCGGUUUUACGGGCGAUCCAUUCACGCGAUGCUACGAAACACCAAUCGAACAACCGCGUCCUUCAUUGAAUCCUUGCAUCCCAUCGCCGUGCGGUCCAAAUUCCGAUUGUAAAGUAAUCGGUGAUAGUCCGGCGUGCUCGUGUCUUAGCUCGUUUAUCGGUACCCCGCCAAACUGUCGACCGGAGUGUACAAUUAAUCCUGAAUGUCCUUCGUCGCGAGCCUGUAUUAACCAGAAGUGUAGUGAUCCUUGUGUUGGUUCUUGUGGCAAUAAUGCUCGUUGUUCAGUGGCCAAUCAUAUGCCGAUUUGUUCAUGUGAUGAAGGAUAUACUGGCGAUCCCUUCAGCGGAUGUGUUCGUAUACCAGAAAUCCAGUAUGAACAUAUUCAACCCUGUGAGCCUAAUCCAUGUGGUUCGAAUGCAAUAUGUCGGGAACAGAAUGGCAUCGGAUCAUGUCAAUGUAUUCCUGAUUAUUUCGGCGAUCCUUAUCAAGGAUGCAGACCGGAAUGUAUACAGAAUUCCGAUUGCCCAACGAACAAAGCCUGCACUGGAAAUAAAUGUAUUGAUCCUUGUCCAGGAACUUGUGGACAGAAUGCUGAUUGUCGCGUUAUUAACCAUCAUCCAUCAUGUACAUGUCGCAUUGGAUACUCUGGCGAUCCAUAUAGAUAUUGUCAUAUAAAUCCACCUGAACCGGUUCGCGAAGAACAUGUGAAUCCUUGUCACCCGUCACCUUGCGGGCCGAACAGUCAAUGUCGGGAAGUCAAUGAACAAGCGGUAUGCUCUUGCCUGCCCACAUUCAUUGGCUCACCACCGGCUUGUCGUCCUGAAUGUGUUAUUAGCGGUGAAUGCCCAUCGGACAAAGCAUGUAUCAAUCAAAGAUGUGUCGACCCAUGCCCAGGAACUUGCGGUACAAAUGCUGAAUGUCACGUACGGAAUCAUAGCCCACUAUGCUCCUGUCGCCAAGGAUACACUGGCGAUGCGUUCACCAGAUGCUAUCCAAUUCCUCCUCCACCACCGGUUAUUGUUCAGGAAGAAUACCACGAUCCUUGCUCCCCUUCGCCUUGCGGACCAAAUGCCCAAUGUCGCCAAGUGAAUGGAGCACCAUCUUGCUCAUGUCUACCUGAAUAUAUUGGAGCCCCACCGAAUUGCCGACCGGAAUGUACCAUUAGCGCGGAGUGCUCCAGCAACAAAGCCUGCAUUCGUCAAAAAUGUAUUGACCCUUGCCCUGGAUCUUGCGGCCUCAACGCGUUGUGUAACGUUAUCAACCACACUCCAACAUGUACCUGUCCUGAAAAUUACGUCGGUGAUCCAUUCACACAAUGUCGACCUGCACCUCCACCACCUCCUGAACCAGUCUAUGAUGACCCUUGCAAUCCUUCACCAUGUGGAUCAAACGCGCAAUGCUCAAACGGCAUCUGCACAUGCAUAGCAGAAUACCAUGGUGAUCCUUACACAGGAUGUCGACCGGAAUGUAUUUUGAACUCAGAUUGUCCACGUGACCGGGCAUGUAUCCGCAGCAAAUGCGUUGAUCCUUGCCCUGGAACAUGUGGUUUCAAUGCCAUCUGUGAGGUUCUGAAUCACAUCCCUAUGUGUCGAUGCCCAGAAGGAAUGUCAGGAUCAGCUUUCAUCCAAUGCAGUCCAGUACCAAGACCGGUCAUUCGAAACCCAUGCCAUCCAUCGCCAUGCGGUCCAAACAGUCAAUGCCGCGAAGUGAAUCAACAGGCCGUGUGUUCAUGUAUUCAAGGUUUCGUAGGAAGUCCACCGGAUUGUAGGCCAGAAUGUACAUCGAACUCCGAAUGUCCACCAAGCCAGGCUUGUGUUAACCAAAAAUGCAGGGAUCCUUGCCCUGGUACAUGUGGCCUUAACGCUCUUUGCUCAGUUGUUAAUCACAAUCCGUUCUGCACCUGCCGCGAGAGGUAUACCGGAAACCCAUUCGCAAGUUGUACUCCGAUAGUUGAACCUGUUCAUGAUGUUGUACCUGCAAACCCUUGUCAUCCAUCACCUUGUGGUCCCAACUCGCAAUGCAAGCCAAUAGGAGACACCCCAUCAUGCUCAUGCCUUCCAGAUUUCACAGGAUCACCACCCAAUUGUCGACCAGAAUGUGUAACCAGCUCUGAAUGCGCCAGCCAUUUGGCCUGUAUCAAUCAGAAAUGCAAGGACCCAUGUCCUGGGUUGUGUGGAGCAAAUGCAGAAUGCCGUGUAAUAAGCCACACACCGACAUGCCUAUGUAGCGUAGGCUACACAGGCGAUCCAUUCACUCAGUGUCUGGUACUAAGGGAUCCUGAACCGGAAUAUAUCGACCCUUGCAACCCAAGCCCGUGCGGCGCAAACGCUAUUUGUAGAGAACAGCAUGGAGCCGGAUCCUGUCAAUGCAUACCCGAACACUUUGGAAAUCCAUAUGAAGGUUGCCGACCAGAAUGUAUUCUGAACUCCGAUUGUCCGUCACAUAAAGCCUGCGUAAAUAAUAAAUGCCGCGAUCCAUGCCCUGGAACGUGUGGCCAAAAUGCCGAAUGUUAUGUCGUGAAUCACCUACCAUCUUGCAACUGCAUCGUGGGAUAUACCGGCGAUCCGUACAGAGUUUGCAGUCCACCGCCACCACAACCGGUCUUACAAGAACCUACCAAUCCAUGUCAGCCCAGCCCAUGUGGACCCAAUAGCCAAUGUAGGGAGUUAAAUAACCAAGCUGUCUGUUCAUGUCUACCAACAUACAUUGGAAGCCCGCCUUCAUGCCGACCAGAAUGCGUCAUCAGCUCUGAAUGUCCUUACGACAAAGCUUGUGUCAAUCAGAAGUGCGUCGAUCCUUGCCCCGGGUCAUGUGGUUCAAAUGCCGAAUGUCGAGUACGAAACCACAGCCCAUUGUGUUCCUGCAAGAUCGGUUUCACGGGCGAUGCAUUCACAAGAUGCUACCCCAUACCUCCACCACCACCGGUCAUAGAAAAGGAAGAAUAUCGUAACCCUUGCGUUCCUUCGCCUUGCGGACAGAACGCAGAAUGUCGCGAUAUCAACGGUUCCCCAUCGUGCUCCUGCUUGCCAACUUACCUUGGAUCUCCACCAAAUUGCCGUCCUGAAUGUACUGUCAAUUCGGAUUGUCCUAGUCAUCAAGCUUGUAUUCGACAAAAAUGCAUGGACCCUUGUCCAGGAUCAUGUGGGGUUGGAGCCAUCUGCAACGUUCUCAAUCACACACCGAUUUGUACUUGCCCUGCUGGAUACACCGGCGAUCCAUUCACGAUUUGCAAUCCAGCACCACCACCACCACCGGAACCUGUUCAUGAUGAUCCUUGCAACCCCUCUCCAUGUGGCGCGAAUGCUGUAUGCAACAACGGAGUCUGCACAUGCAUCGCUGAAUAUCAUGGUGAUCCUUACACUGGUUGCCGACCGGAAUGUACCUUGAAUUCAGAUUGUCCUCGCGAUAAAGCCUGUAUCCGAAACAAAUGCGUCAAUCCAUGCCCAGGAACGUGUGGUCACAACGCUAUUUGUGAUGUAGUUAACCACAUACCCAUGUGUAGAUGUCCUGAAGGAAUGUCUGGAAAUGCUUUCGUUCAAUGCAGCCCAGUUCCACCUCCUGUUGUACAGAACCCUUGUCAUCCAUCUCCAUGUGGUCCGAAUAGUCAAUGUCGCGAAGUCAACGAACAAGCCGUCUGCUCUUGCAUUCAAGGAUACAUUGGUAGCCCACCAAAUUGUAGACCAGAAUGUACAACGAACUCAGAAUGUCCACCAAGUCAAGCUUGUCUCAAUCAGAAAUGUCGUGACCCAUGUCCAGGAACUUGUGGUGUCAAUGCAAGAUGUACAGUUGUGAAUCACAAUCCAUUCUGCAACUGUCCAGAUCGCCACACAGGAAAUCCUUUCAUUCGAUGCCAGCCUAUAGUGGAACCAGUACAUGACGUCAUCCCGGUGAAUCCUUGUCAUCCAUCCCCAUGCGGACCCAACUCCGAAUGCAAACCUAUUGGUGAUAGUCCGUCCUGUUCAUGCCUGGUCGAGUUCAUAGGAUCCCCGCCUAAUUGUCGACCAGAAUGUGUAACUAGCUCAGAAUGUCCCAGCCAUUUGGCAUGCAUCAAUCAAAAAUGCAAAGAUCCAUGUCCUGGACUAUGUGGUGCCAAUGCUGAAUGCCGUGUUCUCAGUCACACCCCGAUGUGCAUUUGCACGGCAGGAUUUACUGGUGAUCCAUUCUCACAAUGUAUUCUACAACAACAACCAGAGCCUGAACAUAUCAACCCGUGCAACCCAAGCCCAUGCGGAGCGAAUGCUGUUUGUAGGGAACAAAAUGGAGCUGGAUCGUGUCAAUGUCUUCCCGAAUAUUUUGGAAAUCCUUAUGAAGGAUGUCGACCGGAAUGUAUUUUGAACUCCGAUUGUCCUUCGAACAAGGCCUGCGUACAAAACAAGUGCAAGGAUCCUUGUCCAGGAACGUGUGGUCAAAACGCUGAAUGCCAUGCCGUGAACCAUCUGCCGCAAUGUAACUGUCUGCCAGGAUAUGUCGGAGAUCCUUACAGAUUCUGCAACCUCCCACAACAACCGAUCGUACACGAAUACGUUAAUCCUUGCCAACCAUCACCAUGCGGACCGAACAGCCAAUGUCGUGAAAUCAACAGCCAAGCAGUCUGCUCAUGUCUGCCUGACUAUGUAGGAACGCCCCCAGGCUGUCGACCAGAGUGUGUAAUCAGCAGUGAAUGUCCAUUCGACAAAGCCUGUAUCAAACAAAAAUGCGCUGAUCCUUGCCCUGGAACCUGUGGUCAAAAUGCUGAAUGUCAUGUGAGAAACCAUAGCCCGUUGUGCUCCUGUAGGCCUGGCUAUACAGGAGACGCUUUUAGUGCUUGCUACCGCAUUCCUCCCCCACCACCACCUCAAAUCGAACACGAACCGUACCGCAAUCCUUGCGUCCCAUCACCUUGUGGACCAAAUUCAGAAUGUCGGGAUAUUAACGGCUCACCAUCGUGUACCUGCCUUCCCACCUAUCUAGGAUCUCCACCGAACUGCCGACCUGAGUGUACAAUUAAUUCUGAAUGUCCUAGUCACCAAGCUUGCAUAAACCAGAAGUGCGCCGAUCCUUGUCCAGGAUCGUGUGGAUUUGAAGCAAUUUGUAAUGUCCUUAAUCAUAUUCCAACUUGCACAUGCCCAGCUGGUUAUACUGGGGAUCCAUUCAGGAUUUGUAGUCCUGCACCACCGCCACCACCGGAACCUGUUAAGGAUGACCCAUGCAAUCCUUCACCCUGUGGUCCAAAUGCUGUCUGCAACAAUGGAGUCUGCACUUGUAUUGCCGAAUACCAAGGAAAUCCUUAUGUAGAAUGCCGACCCGAAUGCGUACUCAACUCAGACUGCUCAAGAGACAAGGCAUGUAUCCGCAAUAAAUGCGUUGAUCCUUGCCCUGGAACUUGUGGCCAGAAUGCUUUAUGCGACGUAAUUAACCACGUUCCGAUGUGCCGAUGCCCGGCGGGAAUGUCAGGAAAUGCUUUCGUCCAAUGUAGUCCUAUACCUCCACCCGCCGUUACAAGACCUUGCGAACCAUCCCCUUGCGGACCAAACAGCCAAUGUCGGGAGGUCAACCAGCAAGCCGUUUGCUCAUGUAUUGUUGGGUUCAUAGGAAGUCCACCAAACUGCAGGCCUGAAUGUACCACCAACUCUGAAUGCUCUCUGAACAAGGCUUGUCUCAACCAAAAAUGCAAAGAUCCUUGCCCAGGAACCUGUGGAAUAAACGCCAAAUGCAGCGUUGUUAAUCACAAUCCAUUCUGUAGCUGUCCAGAGAAAUAUUCUGGCAAUCCAUUUGUCAGCUGUUCUCCUAUCAUACAACCAGUUCAAGACGUCAUACCGCAAAAUCCUUGCCAACCAUCUCCUUGUGGACCGAAUGCCGAAUGUCGCGCAAUUGGAGACUCGCCAUCAUGCUCUUGUUUGGCCGAAUUCAUAGGAUCCCCACCUAAUUGCAGACCAGAAUGUAUCACAAGCUCUGAAUGCUCUAGCCAUCUGGCAUGUAUCAACCAGAAAUGCAAAGAUCCUUGCCCAGGCUUGUGCGGAGCGAACGCUGAAUGUCGCGUCAUUAGUCACACCCCUAUGUGUAUCUGCGCUGCAGGACACACAGGUGAUCCGUUCAGCUAUUGUAGUGUCCUUCGAGAUCCAGAACCGGAACGUAUCAAUCCAUGCAAUCCAAAUCCUUGCGGACCAAACGCCGUUUGCAAAGAACAAAAUGGUGCAGGAUCUUGUCAAUGUUUGCCUGAAUACUUUGGAAACCCAUACGAAGGAUGUCGACCGGAAUGUAUUCUAAAUUCAGAUUGUCCAUCGAACAAGGCCUGCAUACAGAACAAAUGCAAAGAUCCAUGUCCAGGAACCUGUGGUCAAAACGCGGAAUGCCACGUAGUAAACCAUUUGCCGUCUUGUGUCUGCAUUACAGGAUAUACUGGUGACCCGUACCGUCUGUGCAGCAUCCCACCGCAACCGGUCGUUCACGAAUAUGUCAAUCCUUGUCAACCAUCGCCCUGCGGUCCUAACAGUCAAUGUAGAGAAGUAAACGGUCAAGCUGUAUGCUCUUGUCUUCCCACAUACGUAGGAAGCCCACCAGCAUGCCGACCUGAAUGCGUCUUGAGUUCUGAAUGUCCUUACGAUAAGGCCUGUGUGAACCAGAAAUGUGUAGAUCCUUGCCCAGGAACGUGCGGACAAAACGCUGAAUGUCAUGUUCGCAACCACAGUCCGCUCUGUUCUUGCAGGCAUGGAUACACUGGUGACGCAUUCACUAGGUGCUACCCGAUACCUCCCCCUGCACCGCAAAUCGAACAUGAGGAAUACCGAAACCCAUGCGUACCAUCUCCAUGUGGACCUAAUUCAGAAUGUCGUGAUAUCAAUGGUAGCCCAUCAUGCUCUUGUCUGGCAACGUAUAUAGGAGCACCACCAAACUGUCGUCCUGAAUGUACAAUCAAUGCUGAAUGUCCAAGCAAUAAGGCUUGUAUCCGAGAGAAAUGCCAAGAUCCAUGCCCUGGGUUAUGCGGAGUUGGAGCCAUUUGUAAUGUAAUAAACCAUACACCAAGCUGUACAUGCCCUGCAGGCUUCACUGGAGAUCCAUUCACUAGCUGCAAUCCAGCACUACCACCUCCUCCUGAGCCGGUUCAUGACGAUCCUUGCAACCCAUCACCAUGCGGCCCGAACGCCGUUUGCAACGCUGGGGUUUGCACUUGCAUACCAGAGUACCAAGGUGAUCCUUACGUAGGAUGCCGACCAGAGUGUGUUCUAAACUCAGAUUGUCCAAGAGAUAAGGCUUGUAUUCGAAAUAAAUGUGUAAACCCAUGUCCUGGUACCUGUGCUUCGAAUGCUAUUUGUGAUGUCAUCAAUCACAUCCCAAUGUGCAGGUGUCCAGUUGGAAUGACCGGAAACGCCUUUAUCCAGUGUUCUCCUGUACCUCCGCCUGUUGUCCAAAAUCCUUGCCAUCCAUCGCCUUGUGGACCAAACAGUCAAUGUCGCGAAGUAAAUCAACAGGCUGUCUGCUCUUGCAUCCAAGGAUUUAUUGGAAGUCCGCCCAAUUGUCGACCAGAGUGCACAUCGAACGCUGAAUGCCCCUUGAGUCAGGCAUGUCUGAACCAGAAAUGUCGAGAUCCUUGCCCAGGAACCUGUGGAUUAAACGCCAAAUGCACUGUUGUCAAUCAUAAUCCGUUCUGCAGUUGUCCAGAGAGGUACACUGGCAAUCCGUUUGUCAGUUGUUCACCAAUAAUCGAACCAAUGAAGGAUGUUAUACCGCAAAACCCAUGUCAGCCAUCACCAUGUGGACCGAAUUCUGAGUGUCGCGUCGUGGGAGACUCCCCGUCUUGCUCAUGUCUCGCCGAUUUCACAGGAUCACCACCAAACUGCAAACCCGAGUGUGUCACAAGCUCUGAGUGUCCAAGCCAUUUGGCCUGUAUUAAUCAGAAAUGUAAAGACCCUUGUCCGGGACUAUGCGGAACCAACGCGGAAUGCCGUGUUGUCAGCCAUACCCCGAUAUGUAUAUGCAGUGCAGGAUAUACCGGUGAUCCAUUCACCUAUUGCAACAUCCAACGAGACCCUGAACCGGAACAUAUUAACCCAUGCAAUCCUAGCCCAUGUGGAGCAAAUGCUAUUUGUAGGGAACAAAAUGGCGCGGGAUCUUGUCAGUGUUUGCCUGAGUAUUUCGGAAAUCCUUAUGAAGGAUGCCGACCGGAAUGUAUCUUGAAUUCUGAUUGCCCUUCAAAUAAGGCAUGCGUUCAGAAUAAAUGCAAGGAUCCUUGCCCGGGAACGUGUGGUCAAAACGCCGAAUGUCACGUGGUCAACCAUUUGCCGACCUGUAAUUGCUUCGCUGGUUAUACCGGAGAUCCAUAUCGAUUCUGUAAUUUGCCGCAACAACCUGUUGUCCAUGAAUACGUGAACCCAUGUCAACCAUCACCUUGUGGUCCUAACAGUCAAUGUCGCGAGGUUAAUGAACAAGCCGUUUGUUCAUGCCUCCCCGAGUACAUUGGCUCUCCGCCCGCCUGUCGACCUGAAUGUGUUCUUAGUAGCGAAUGUCCUUACGACAAAGCUUGCAUCAAUCAAAAAUGUAAAGAUCCCUGUCCAGGAACCUGUGGAACUAACGCCGAGUGUAGGGUACAUAACCAUAGUCCGCUCUGCUCUUGCAUUCAUGGUUAUACCGGAGAUGCAUUCAGUAGAUGCUACCCUAUUCCUCCUCCCCCACCACCCGUUGUUCAUGAAGAAUAUCGCAACCCGUGCAUACCUUCACCAUGUGGACCGUAUUCUGAGUGCCGUGAUAUCAACGGUUCACCGUCUUGUUCAUGCUUAGCAACCUACAUUGGAUCGCCACCAAAUUGUCGACCGGAGUGUACAAUAAACGCUGAAUGUCCAAGUAAUAAGGCCUGCAUCAGAGAGAAGUGUACAGAUCCAUGCCCUGGCUCUUGCGGAUUAGAUGCUAUUUGCAACGUCAUAAACCACACCCCUACAUGUACUUGUCCCGCUGGAUACACUGGAGAUCCAUUCACUUUAUGUAAAAUUGCACCACUGCCACCACCGGAACCAGUUAAGGACGACCCUUGCAAUCCAUCUCCCUGCGGACCGAAUGCUGUCUGCCGUGACGGAGUUUGUACAUGCAUUCCAGAAUACCAAGGCGAUCCUUACGCUGGCUGUAGACCGGAAUGCAUCCUCAAUUCAGAUUGCCCGAGAAACCGAGCGUGUAUCCGCAACAAAUGCGUUGAUCCAUGCCCGGGAACUUGUGCUCCUAAUGCAAUUUGUGAUGUCAUCAAUCACGUACCGAUGUGUAGAUGCCCCGAUGGAAUGUCUGGUAACGCAUUUGUCCAGUGCAGUCCAAUUCCUCCGCCCGUUAUCCAAAACCCUUGUCAGCCGUCACCGUGCGGACCUAACAGUCAGUGCCGAGAGAUAAACCAACAGGCCGUAUGCUCCUGCAUACAAGGAUUCAUUGGAAGCCCACCGAACUGUAGACCUGAAUGUACAACAAACUCUGAGUGCCCACUCAAUCAAGCCUGCCUUAACCAAAAAUGCCGAGAUCCUUGUCCAGGAACCUGCGGUCACAAUGCUCGGUGUACUGUGGUCAACCAUAAUCCAUUCUGCACUUGCCCAGACAGAUACUCUGGCAACCCAUUCGUCAGUUGUUCACCUAUAAUUCAACCAGUUCAAGAUGUGGUUCCGCAAAAUCCAUGCCAACCAUCACCAUGUGGACCAAAUUCAGAAUGUCGCGUAAUCGGAGACAGUCCAUCCUGUUCUUGCCUGGCUGAAUUCAUAGGAAAUCCUCCGAAUUGUCGUCCUGAAUGUGUAACUAGCUCUGAGUGUGCGAGUCACUUAGCUUGCAUCAACCAAAAGUGCAAAGAUCCUUGCCCAGGACUGUGUGGAUCUAAUGCUGAAUGCCGGGUCAUCAGUCAUACCCCGAUGUGUAUUUGCCUCGUGGGAUACACCGGCGAUCCAUUCACAUAUUGCAGUAUUCAACAAGAUCCAAUACCAGAAUACAUAAAUCCAUGCAACCCAAGUCCAUGCGGUGUGAAUGCCAUUUGCAAAGAACAAGGUAGCGCAGGAUCAUGUCAAUGUUUGCCGGAAUACUUUGGAAAUCCAUACGAAGGAUGUCGACCUGAAUGCGUGCUGAACUCGGAUUGUCCGUCGGAUAAGGCAUGUGUUCAAAACAAAUGCAAAAAUCCUUGCCCAGGAACCUGUGGACAGAAUGCUGAAUGUCAUGUUAACAACCACUUGCCGUCGUGUACAUGUAUUCCAGGAUAUACCGGAGAUCCAUACCGAUUCUGUAACCUCCCGCCACAACCUGUCGUUCACGAGUAUGUCAAUCCUUGUCAACCGUCCCCGUGCGGACCGAACAGUCAAUGCAAGGAGAUCAACAACCAAGCCGUGUGUUCAUGUCUACCGGACUAUAUCGGAAGUCCACCAGCGUGCAGACCAGAGUGCACCAUCAGUAGUGAAUGUGCCUACGACAAAGCCUGUGUCAACCACAAAUGUGUUGAUCCUUGCCCUGGAACUUGUGGAACAAAUGCUCAAUGCCACGUCCGAAAUCACAGUCCGUUAUGCUCUUGUAAUCCAGGCUUUACUGGAGAUGCAUUCACUCGUUGUUAUCCAAUACCUCCUCCGCCACCUCCUGUCAUUCAGGAAGAAUACCAUGACCCUUGUAUUCCUUCGCCAUGUGGACAAAAUGCCGAAUGCCGAAACAUAAAUGGAGCCCCAUCAUGUUCUUGCUUGCCAACUUACAUCGGUGCCCCACCAAAUUGUCGACCAGAAUGUACAAUAAACGCGGAAUGUCCUAGUAACAAGGCCUGCAUCAGAGAGAAAUGUACCGAUCCUUGUCCUGGAUCAUGUGGUUUCGCAGCGGUUUGUAACGUCAUCAAUCAUACGCCAACGUGCACAUGCUUGGCUGGAUAUACUGGAGACCCAUUCACUAUUUGUAACUUGGCACCUCCUCCACCUCCUGAACCUGUGAAGGACGAUCCUUGCAACCCGUCCCCUUGCGGACCCAAUGCUGUAUGCAAUGAUGGUGUUUGCACCUGCAUUGCCGAAUACCAUGGGGACCCUUACUCAGGAUGCCGUCCAGAAUGCGUAUUGAACUCAGAUUGUCCCAGAGAUAAGGCAUGCAUUCGCAACAAAUGCGUUGAUCCAUGUCCUGGAACGUGUGCUCCGAAUGCCCUAUGCGAUGUCAUCAAUCAUAUUCCGAUGUGUAGAUGUCCUGAUGGAAUGUCAGGCAACGCGUUCAUACAAUGCUCUCCGGUUCCCAGUAUGAUUUCGAUCUAUCCUUAUCGCGACAGAAUUCAAACUAAAACUUUUCUUAUAGAACCAGUGAUUCAGAAUCCUUGCCACCCAUCUCCUUGCGGACCGAAUAGUGAGUGUCGCGAACAUAACCAACAGGCAGUCUGCUCUUGCAUACAAGGAUACAUAGGAAGUCCACCCAAUUGUCGACCAGAAUGCACCACAAACUCUGAAUGUCCAUUGAACCUGGCAUGUCUCAACCAGAAAUGCAGGGAUCCUUGCCCUGGAGUCUGUGGUGUUAACGCUAGAUGUACGGUUGCAAACCAUAGUCCUUACUGCAGCUGUCCAGAUCGUCAUACAGGAAAUCCAUUUGUCAGCUGCACACUCAUAAUUGAGCCAAUCCAAGAUGCUCCGCCAAAGGAUCCAUGCCAACCCUCACCUUGUGGACCAAACUCUGAAUGUCGCGUUGUAGGUGAUUCCCCGUCAUGUUCUUGCCUAGCCGAAUUCAUUGGAUCUCCACCGAAUUGUCGUCCGGAAUGCGUUACUAGCUCUGAAUGUGCCAGUCAUUUGGCAUGCAUCAACCAAAAAUGCAAAGAUCCUUGCCCAGGUGUCUGCGGAUCUAAUGCUGAGUGUCGCGUGUUCAGCCAUACGCCUAUGUGUAUUUGUCUGGCUGGUUUCACUGGAGAUCCAUUCACCUAUUGUAGCGAACAGCGUCAACCCGAACCGGAACACAUCAACCCUUGCAAUCCUAGUCCAUGUGGGGCAAACGCUAUUUGUAGGGAGCAGAAUAAUGCCGGAUCUUGUCAAUGUUUGCCUGAAUACUUUGGAAAUCCAUACGAAGGAUGCAGACCGGAAUGUAUUGUGAACUCAGAUUGCCCAUCGAAUAAGGCUUGCAUGCAAAAUAAGUGUAAAGACCCAUGUCCUGGAACGUGUGGUCAAAAUGCUGAGUGUCAUGUGGUUAAUCACUUGCCGUCUUGCAAUUGUUUCCCUGGAUACACUGGAGAUCCGUACAGAUAUUGUAAAAUCCCAGCUGAACCGGUGGUCCACGAAUAUAUAAACCCAUGCCAACCAUCACCCUGUGGUCCCAACAGUCAAUGUAAGGAGAUUAACGGACAAGCCGUUUGCUCUUGCCUACCCAACUACUUAGGAAGCCCUCCAGCUUGCCGUCCAGAGUGCACCAUCAACAGUGAAUGUCCUUACGAUAAGGCCUGCGUCGAUCAGAAAUGUGUUGACCCAUGCCCGGGAGUUUGUGGAACCAAUGCUGUCUGUAAUGUACGGAACCAUAGUCCUAUCUGCUCAUGCAAACAAGGCUUCACUGGAGACGCCUUCACUCGUUGUUAUCCAAUCCCACCGCCUCCACCAGAAAUUGUGCAUGAAGAGUACCGAAAUCCUUGCGUACCAAACCCUUGUGGCCCUUAUUCGGAAUGCAGAGAUAUCAACGGUGCUCCAUCGUGUACUUGUUUGGCCAACUACUUCGGUUCUCCUCCAAACUGCCGUCCUGAGUGUGCCAUUAACGCCGACUGCCCAAGCAACAAAGCCUGUAUCAGAGAAAAGUGUAUGGACCCAUGUCCAGGAUCCUGUGGUGUGGGUGCUAUAUGCAACGUCAUCAACCAUACCCCAAGUUGCGCAUGUCCUACAGGAUAUACCGGAGAUCCGUUUACAAUUUGUAAUCUAGCUCCACCGCCACCGAUUGAACCUGUUAAGGACGACCCAUGCAAUCCCAACCCCUGCGGACCCAAUGCCAGAUGCGACAACGGCGUCUGCACGUGUAUUGCUGAACAUCAUGGCGAUCCAUAUAUUGGUUGCCGACCGGAAUGUGUAUUAAAUUCGGACUGUCCACGAGACAAAGCUUGUAUAAGAAAUAAAUGCGUAGACCCAUGUCCUGGAACCUGUGCUCCUACCGCCAUUUGUGACGUCAUCAACCAUAUUCCGAUGUGUAGAUGUCCUGAUGGAAUGUCAGGAAACGCGUUUAUCCAAUGUUCUCCAAUUCCGCCACCUGUUAAACAGAAUCCUUGCCAACCUUCUCCGUGUGGACCAAACAGCCAGUGUCGCGAAGUGAACCAACAGGCUGUUUGCUCUUGUAUACAAGGAUUCAUCGGAAGUCCUCCGAACUGCCGACCGGAAUGCACAUCCAACUCAGAGUGUCCAUUGAGUCAAGCCUGCUUAAAUCAGAAGUGCAGGGAUCCUUGUCCGGGAACUUGCGGUCGUAACGCAAGAUGUACUGUUGUCAACCAUAAUCCUUUCUGCACAUGUCCUGACAGACACACUGGAAAUCCAUUCAUAAGCUGCACAUUAAUAAUUCAACCUGUUCUCGAUGAACCACCGAAAAAUCCAUGUCAACCAUCGCCUUGUGGUCCCAACUCAGAAUGCAAAGUCAUUGGAGACUCACCCUCAUGCUCCUGUCUGGCCGAAUUUAUAGGAUCCCCUCCAAACUGCCGACCCGAAUGCAUCACCAGUUCAGAGUGCGCAAGCCACCUGGCCUGUAUUAACCAAAAAUGUAAAGAUCCUUGCCCAGGACUCUGUGGUACAAACGCUGAAUGUCACGUUAUAAGCCACACUCCUACAUGCGUUUGCACAACUGGUCAUACCGGAGAUCCAUUCAGUUAUUGUUCAGUACAACGAGACCCGGAACCGGAGUAUAUAAACCCAUGCAACCCGAGCCCAUGUGGCUCAAAUGCUGUUUGUCGUGAACAAAACGGUGCAGGAUCUUGUCAAUGUUUGCCGGAAUACUUUGGAAAUCCUUACGAAGGAUGCCGACCUGAAUGUGUUUUGAAUACUGAUUGUCCUUCGAAUAAGGCUUGCGUACAGAACAAAUGCAAGGAUCCAUGUCCGGGUACUUGUGGCCAGAAUGCUGAGUGUCAUGUAAUCAAUCAUUUGCCUUCGUGUAAUUGCUUCGUCGGUUACGAGGGAGAUCCUUAUAGAUUCUGCCAUUUGGUCCAGAAACCGGUCGUUCAUGAGUACGUCAAUCCUUGCCAACCCUCACCUUGUGGACCGAACAGUCAAUGCAGAGAAGUCAACGGUCAAGCUGUCUGUACAUGCCUCCCCGAUUAUAGUGGAAGCCCGCCAGCAUGUCGUCCGGAAUGUGUCCUUAGCACAGAAUGUCCCUACGACAAGGCCUGCAUCAACCAAAAAUGUAAAGACCCAUGCCCAGGAACUUGUGGAACCAAUGCCGAAUGUAACGUUCGCAAUCAUAGUCCAUUCUGUGUAUGCAAAACUGGUUUUACCGGGGAUGCGUUCACCAGAUGCUUCCCAAUUCCACCACCUCCACCAGUAAUUGCACACGAAGAACAUCGCGAUCCUUGUGUCCCAUCGCCUUGCGGACAGAACGCCGAGUGUCGUAAUAUCAAUGGCUCACCAUCCUGCUCUUGUUUGCCAACAUAUAUCGGAUCCCCACCCAACUGUCGACCUGAGUGUAGCAUUAAUGCUGAAUGCCCAAGCAAUAAAGCUUGCAUUAACCAAAAAUGUGCAGAUCCUUGUCCAGGAUCUUGCGGAGUAGGAGCUCUUUGCAACGUCAUCAAUCAUGUCCCAAGCUGCACAUGCCCCAUUGGUUACACAGGAGAUCCAUUCGCCAUAUGCAAUCCAGCACCGCCGCCUCCGGAACCAGUCAAGGAUGACCCAUGCAAUCCCUCACCGUGUGGCCCUAAUGCCGUAUGCAACGAUGGAAUUUGUACCUGCCUUCCAGAAUACUUUGGAGAUCCUUAUGCCGGUUGCAGACCAGAGUGCGUCCUCAAUUCAGACUGUGCCCGCGAUAAAGCCUGCAUCCGAAAUAAAUGUAAAGAUCCAUGUCCAGGAACCUGCGCUUCAAAUGCCCUAUGUGAUGUGAUAAAUCAUAUUCCAAUGUGUAGAUGUCCCGAAGGCAUGACAGGAAAUGCUUUUGUAUUAUGUUCUCCUGUUCCGCCUCCUGUUGUUCAAAACCCUUGCCAUCCAUCUCCAUGCGGACCGAACAGUCAAUGUCGCGAAGUGAACCAACAGGCAGUUUGCAGUUGCAUUCAAGGAUUCAUUGGAAGCCCACCGAACUGUCGACCAGAAUGUACCGCCAAUUCCGACUGUCCACUGACUCUGGCCUGUGUGAAUCAGAAAUGUAGAGAUCCUUGCCCUGGAACGUGCGGACAAAACGCCCGCUGCACUGUUGUGAAUCAUAAUCCCUUCUGCAGUUGUCCUGAACGCUACUCUGGCAAUCCAUUCAUUAGCUGCAGCCCAAUAAUUGAACCAGUUUUCGAUGUGAUACCACCGAACCCUUGUCAUCCAUCGCCAUGUGGUCCAAAUUCUGAGUGUAAGGCUAUUGGCGAUUCACCGUCAUGCUCAUGCCUGAAAGAUUUCGUAGGAUCCCCGCCCAAUUGCCGUCCUGAAUGCAUCACAAACUCUGAAUGUGCCAACCACUUGGCAUGUAUAAAUCAGAAGUGCAAGGACCCAUGCCCAGGACUCUGUGGUGCCAAUGCCGAGUGUCGUGUUGUUAGUCAUACCCCAAUGUGCAUUUGUAUCGCUGGACAUACCGGCGAUCCAUUCACGUAUUGUAGUGUACAACGCGAUCCUGAACCGGAACAUGUGAACCCUUGCAAUCCAAGCCCAUGUGGAGCUAAUGCCAUUUGUCGUGAGCAAGGCACUGCUGGAGCUUGUGAAUGCUUGCCAGAAUACUUUGGCAAUCCGUAUGAAGGAUGUCGACCGGAAUGUGUUCUCAACUCAGACUGUCCAUCGAAUAAGGCUUGUGUUCAGAAUAAAUGCAAAGAUCCAUGUCCUGGAAGCUGCGGACAAAAUGCCCAAUGUCAUGUCGUCAACCACUUGCCAUCUUGUACCUGUUUCCCGGGAUACGUCGGAGAUCCAUAUAGGAUUUGUGAUCUGCCGCCAAAACCCCCGGUCCAAGAGUACAUUAACCCAUGCCAACCAUCACCAUGUGGCCCCAACAGUCAAUGUCGCGAACAAAACGGACAAGCAGUCUGUACCUGCCUCCCCAAUUAUAUAGGAAGCCCGCCAGGAUGCCGCCCAGAAUGUGUUAUGAGUAGUGAGUGUCCCUACGACAAAGCAUGCGUGAACCAGAAAUGUGUCGAUCCUUGCCCGGGAGUUUGUGGAACCAAUGCAGAGUGUCAUGUACGAAACCAUGCGCCUCUGUGUUCUUGCAAACCAGGGUAUACCGGAGAUGCUUUCACUAGAUGCUAUCGAAUCCCGCCUCCACCACCGCAAAUAGAACAAGACCACUACGUGAACCCUUGUGUACCGUCGCCAUGUGGCCAGAAUGCGGAAUGCCGCGACAUAAACGGCUCGCCCUCAUGCUCUUGCUUACCGACCUACAUAGGAUCACCACCAAACUGUCGACCUGAAUGUACCAUCAACGCCGAGUGUCCUAGUGACAAGGCUUGUAUUCGAGAAAAAUGUGUUGACCCAUGCCCAGGAUCAUGCGGAGUUAGAGCCAUUUGUAACGUUAUCAACCAUACGCCAAGCUGUUCAUGCCCACCUGGUCACGUCGGUGAUCCAUUUGUAGCAUGUACUCCCGCGCCUCCACCACCACCUGUGCCAGUCAAGGAUGAUCCAUGCAACCCAUCACCCUGCGGUCCUAACGCCGUCUGUAAUAAUGGAGUGUGCACAUGCAUCCCAGAAUAUUCUGGUGAUCCAUACACAGGAUGCAGACCAGAAUGCGUCUUGAAUUCAGAUUGUCCACGAGAUAGAGCCUGUAUUCGCAACAAAUGUGUUGAUCCUUGUCCUGGAACUUGCGCUCGAAAUGCCCUUUGCGAUGUAAUCAACCACAUACCUAUGUGCAGAUGUCCUGAUGGAAUGACCGGAAAUGCAUUCAUUCAAUGCAACUCCUUACCUCCAACGAUUGUCCAAAAUCCAUGCCACCCAUCCCCAUGCGGACCAAAUAGUUUGUGUCGUGAAAUCAACCAACAAGCUGUUUGCUCUUGCAUUCAAGGAUUCAUAGGAAGCCCGCCAAACUGCAGACCAGAAUGUACGACCAACUCUGACUGUCCACUGAACAUGGCCUGUUUGAAUCAAAAAUGUCGCGAUCCUUGCCCAGGCACUUGCGGCGUAGGAGCCCGCUGUACAGUAGUAAAUCACAAUCCAUUCUGCAUUUGUCCAGACCGAUACACUGGAAACCCAUUCGUUAGCUGUACACCAAUAAUUCAACCACUGCAAGAAGAACCACCGAAGAAUCCUUGCCAACCUUCACCAUGUGGCCCUAACUCUGAAUGCAAACCAAUCGGUGACUCACCGUCCUGCUCCUGCCUCGCCGAGUUUGUAGGAUCACCACCGAACUGUAGACCAGAAUGCGUGACUAGCUCUGAAUGCGCCAAUCAUCUGGCAUGCAUCAACCAAAAAUGUAAGGAUCCAUGUCCUGGCCUAUGCGGCGUCAAUGCAGUAUGCCAUGUCAUCAGCCACACAGCCACGUGCAGUUGCAAUCCAGGACAUACAGGAGAUCCGUUUAGUCACUGUUCAAUUGUCCAGGAGUCACCUCCUGAACGCCCCAACCCAUGCAAUCCAAGUCCUUGUGGGGCCAAUGCAAUUUGCCGCGAACAAAAUGGAGCCGGAGCUUGUCAGUGCUUGCCCGAGUACUUUGGAAAUCCCUAUGAAGGUUGCCGUCCAGAGUGUGUACUCAAUUCCGAUUGUCCUUCGAAUUUGGCUUGUAUUCAGAACAAAUGCAAAGAUCCUUGCCCUGGAACUUGCGGACAAAAUGCUCUCUGUCAUGUUGUGAAUCAUCUACCUCAAUGUGAAUGUAUUACAGGAUUUAGCGGAGACCCGUAUAGAUACUGCAGUGUCAUUGAACAACCUGUAGUCCAUGAGUACGUGAAUCCUUGCGUGCCAUCCCCAUGCGGCCCGAACAGUCAAUGCAGAGAGCAGAACGAACAGGCCAUUUGUUCCUGCCUACCAACCUACAUUGGAACGCCACCUGCUUGCCGACCAGAAUGUGUUAUCAGUAGUGAGUGCCCAUACGACAAAGCCUGUGUCAAUCAAAAAUGUGUCGACCCUUGUCCUGGAGUAUGCGGAACCAAUGCUCAAUGCCAUGUUCGCAAUCACAGUCCACUAUGCUCAUGCAUUCAAGGAUACACAGGCGAUCCGUUCAUUAGAUGUUCGCCAAUACCUCCUCCACCUCCACCGGUUCAACUGGAAGAGUACCAUAACCCAUGCGUGCCUUCGCCGUGCGGACUGAAUGCAGUAUGCCGCGAUGUCAACGGAUCACCGUCUUGCUCUUGCCUACCCACCUACAUCGGUUCGCCACCAAAUUGUCACCCAGAGUGCACAAUAAAUGCGGAAUGUCCAAGCAACAAAGCCUGUAUCAGAGAGAAAUGCCAGGAUCCAUGCCCAGGCUCAUGCGGUUUCAGGGCUAUUUGCACGGUCAUAAACCAUACACCAAGUUGCACCUGUCCAAGUGGUUAUACCGGAGAUCCAUUCACGAUUUGUAAUGUAGCUCCUCCCCCACCACCGCCAGUUAAGGAUGAUCCUUGCAACCCAUCACCGUGUGGACCUAAUGCUGUUUGCAACGAUGGUACAUGCACUUGUAUUGCGGAAUACCAUGGCGACCCUUACGUUGGUUGUCGCCCUGAAUGCGUACUUAAUUCGGAUUGCCCUAGAGAUAAGGCAUGCAUCCGCAACAAAUGUAUUGAUCCUUGUCCUGGAACCUGUGGUACCCAAGCCAUCUGUGAUGUCUUCAAUCACAUCCCAAUGUGUAGAUGUCCUGAAGGCAUGACUGGAAAUGCAUUUAUACAAUGUAGUCCGGUGCCACCGCCCGUUGUACAAAAUCCUUGCCAACCAUCACCGUGCGGUCCGAACAGUCAAUGUCGUGAGAUCAACCAACAAGCAGUCUGUUCAUGUAUCGAAGGAUUCAUCGGUAGCCCACCAAAUUGCCGUCCAGAAUGUACCUCUAAUUCGGAGUGUUCGUUGAGCACAGCCUGUAUCAACCAAAAAUGCAGAGAUCCAUGUCCUGGCACCUGUGGCAUCAACGCCAAAUGUUCCGUUGUUAAUCACAGCCCAUUCUGCGUUUGUCCAGAUCGCCAGACUGGAAAUCCAUUCAUCGCCUGCUCGCCAAUAAUUCAACCAGUGGUCCAGGAUGUACCAAAGAAUCCUUGCUACCCAUCACCAUGUGGACCAAACUCUGAAUGUCGCGCCGUGGGAGACUCACCAUCUUGCUCUUGCUUACCGGAAUUCAUAGGAACACCACCCAAUUGUCGUCCGGAAUGCGUAACUAGUUCAGAAUGCGCAAGCAACCUAGCCUGUAUCAACCAGAAAUGCAAAGAUCCUUGCCCAGGACUCUGUGGCACGAACGCUGAAUGCAGAGUUAUAAGCCAUAGUCCUAUUUGCCUCUGUCUCGCAGGACACACUGGAGAUCCAUUUACUUAUUGUGGAGUCCAACAGGAACCUGUAAUAGAGAAACUGGAACCAUGCAACCCGAACCCGUGCGGAUCAAAUGCCAUUUGUCAAGUUCAUAAUGGAGCAGGAUCAUGUCAGUGUCAACCUGAAUAUUACGGUAAUCCUUACGAAGGAUGUCGCCCAGAAUGCACCGUCAAUUCAGACUGUCCAUCAAACAAGGCUUGUGUGCAGAAUAAAUGUCGCGAUCCAUGUCCUGGCACAUGCGGUCAGAACGCAGAGUGUCAUGUUGUCAAUCAUCUACCAGUUUGCACGUGUUAUGCUGGAUACACGGGUGAUCCUUACAGACUCUGUACUCGCCCGCCAGAACCUGUCGUGCACGAAUACGUGAACCCCUGCGUGCCAUCACCAUGCGGACCGAAUAGUCAAUGCAGGGAACAGAACGGCCAGGCAAUCUGCUCAUGUCUUCCAGAAUACAUCGGAACACCACCAGGAUGUCGUCCAGAAUGUGUCAUCAACAGCGAAUGUCCAUAUGAUAAGGCUUGCGUCAACCAGAAAUGCGUUGAUCCUUGCCCAGGCGCAUGUGGUACCAAUGCCCAGUGUCAUGUCCGCAACCAUAGUCCAUUGUGUUCAUGCUUACCAGGAUAUACUGGUGAUGCAUUCACACGAUGCUUCCCGAUACCUCCUCCUCCACCAGAAAUUGUCCAUGAUGUGGUAAGAGAUCCUUGUAUACCGUCUCCCUGUGGACAAAAUGCCCAAUGCAGAGUUAUCAGCGGUAGCGCAUCCUGUUCAUGUUUAACUGGAUACUUUGGAGCCCCACCAAACUGUCGCCCCGAAUGUGUAGUUAACUCGGACUGUGCUAGCAAUAAGGCAUGUGUACGCGAACAUUGUAUCGAUCCUUGCCCUGGAUCAUGCGGUGUCAACGCGUUGUGUACUGUAAAUAACCACACGCCAUUGUGCUCAUGUCCGUCUGGCUACACGGGCGAUCCAUUCACUUCGUGUCACAUACAACCCCCACCACCACCGCCUGUCAAGGAUGACCCAUGCAACCCAUCACCUUGUGGACCAAACGGCGUGUGCAACAACGGUGUAUGUACUUGCCUGCCGGAGUACCUUGGAGACCCUUACUCUGGUUGCCGUCCAGAAUGUGUUCUCAACACAGACUGCCCACGAGAUAAGGCUUGCAUUAAUAGGAAGUGCGUUGAUCCUUGUCCAGGAACGUGCGGUCAAAAUGCAAUAUGCGACGUGAUUAAUCAUAUCCCAAUGUGUAGCUGCCCCAACGAUAUGACUGGAAAUGCUUUCGUCCUUUGCAGCCCGAUACCAAAACCAGUGAUUACAAAUCCUUGUCACCCAUCGCCUUGUGGCCCGAACAGUCAAUGCCACGAAGUCAACCAGCAAGCUAUUUGCGCUUGUAUUCAAGGAUAUGUCGGAAGCCCACCCACGUGUAGACCAGAAUGUACAUCCAAUUCAGAAUGUGCUCCACAUCUGGCUUGUUUGAAUCAGAAAUGUCGGGACCCAUGUCCUGGCACCUGUGGUCGCAAUGCCAGGUGUAACGUAGUCAACCAUAAUCCAUUCUGUAGUUGCAUCAGCGGAUAUACUGGCGAUCCGUUUACAUUUUGCCAGCCUACAGUCAAACCUGUUGUCCACGACGUUGUACCCAAGGACCCAUGUCGCCCGUCACCCUGUGGCCCGAACUCCGAAUGCAAAGCAAUCGGCGAUGCACCAUCAUGUUCUUGCCUUGCAGAAUUCGUCGGUAGUCCACCAAAUUGUCGACCCGAAUGUGUCACCAGCUCUGAAUGUGCCAGUCAUUUGGCUUGCAUCAAUCAAAAGUGUAAAGAUCCAUGCCCAGGUCUCUGUGGAGCCAAUGCUGAGUGUCAUGUUGUCAGCCACACCCCUAUGUGUCUGUGUGCUGCAGGUCAUACUGGCGAUCCUUUCUCACAGUGCUACAUUCUGAAGGAUCCUCAGCCAACGGAACUUAUUGCCCCAUGCAGUCCAAACCCGUGUGGAGUCAAUGCAAUCUGUCGCGAACAGAAUGGAGCAGGUGCAUGUCAGUGCUUGCCAGAAUACUUUGGAAAUCCUUAUGAAGGUUGCAAACCGGAAUGUGUCAUAAACUCUGAUUGUCCUUCGAAUAAGGCAUGUGUACAAAAUAAAUGUCGCGAUCCUUGUCCUGGAAUCUGCGGUGUUAAUGCUGAAUGUUACACUAGGAACCAUGUACCGUCUUGUAAUUGCAUUGUAGGAUAUGUAGGAGACCCCUACCGCUAUUGUAGCAGACCAGCCGAUCCUUUACCACCGCCAGAAUACGUAAAUCCAUGCCAACCAUCACCAUGUGGUCCCAACAGUCAAUGUCGGGAGAAUGGCGACCAAGCAAUUUGCAGUUGCCUCCCGUCAUUCUUUGGCAAUCCACCGGCAUGUCGACCAGAAUGUGUCCUUAGCUCUGAAUGUCCAUCGGACAAAGCCUGCGUCAACCAGAAAUGUGAAGAUCCAUGCCCAGGAACCUGUGGAAUUAACGCCGAAUGUCAUGUUCGAAACCACAUUCCGUUGUGUUCAUGUAAACCAGGCUUUACCGGAGAAGCGUUCAGCAGAUGUUACCCACCACCGCCAGUCUACACUCCAGUGGAAGAAGAAAAGCACAGAGAUCCUUGCUAUCCAUCGCCCUGCGGUCCAUACUCGCAUUGCCGUGAACAAAAUGGAGCACCAAUUUGUUCAUGUUUGGAAACGUACAUUGGAGCUCCACCAAAUUGCCGACCGGAAUGUACCAUCAGCGCUGAAUGUCCUAGCAACAAGGCAUGCAUUCGGGAGAAAUGUGUUGAUCCAUGUCCAGGAUCUUGUGGAUUUAGUGCCAUCUGUAAUGUUAUUAAUCAUACUCCAAGCUGUACGUGUCCACAAGGCUACGUUGGUGACCCAUUCGUAAGCUGCAGAUUGGCACCGCCACCACCACCACCGCCAAGAGAUGAACUACCAAAAGACCCAUGCCAUCCAUCGCCAUGCGGCCAAAAUGCUGUUUGCAACGGAGGACAGUGCUCAUGUAUUCCUGAAUAUCACGGUGACCCAUACUCUUACCAGGGAUGUCGUCCCGAAUGUGUCCUCAACUCAGACUGCUCCCGUGACAAGGCUUGCGUACGUAACAAAUGCGUUGAUCCUUGCCCUGGAACUUGCGGACAAAAUGCUCUUUGCGACGUGGUUAACCACAUCGCUAUGUGCAGAUGUCCAGACGAUAUGACUGGAGAUGCAUUCAUCAGCUGCCGAGCAAUUCCAAAACUGCCUCCAGCACCACAGAAUCCUUGCCUGCCAUCACCAUGUGGACCAAACAGUCAGUGCCGUGAACAUAAUCAACAGGCGAUCUGCUCAUGCUUGUCAGGAUUCAUGGGAGCACCACCAAAUUGCCGACUGGAAUGCUACUCAGAUUCAGACUGUUCUCAAAUACAUUCAUGCGUCAAUCAUAAAUGCGUUGAUCCUUGCCCAGGCAAAUGUGGAAUCAAUGCUGAAUGUCAUACCGUGCAACAUCGAGCCCUUUGCCAGUGUAUCCCUGGAUACAGUGGCGAUCCAUUCACCUUCUGUCGCCCGAUUGAAAUCCAACCACCUGUGCACGACGAUCCAUGCAACCCAUCACCGUGCGGCCUGAAUGCUGAGUGCAGAAACCUCAACGGUCAAGCACAAUGCUCCUGCCUGCCAGAGUUCCUUGGCUCCCCACCAAAUUGUCGCCCUGAAUGUGUCACGAAUGAUGAGUGUGCAUACAACAAGGCUUGCAUCAACCGAAAAUGCGCUGAUCCUUGCGUCGGAUCCUGCGGUGAUAAUGCCAACUGCAUUGUUUCUGCUCACAUUCCAAAUUGCGUAUGUCAACCCGGUUUCGUCGGUGAUCCAUUCUUCCGAUGUGUCAAGGAACAAGUUCCAGUUGUUAUAGAGGAACCAAGGACCCCAUGUGAUCCAUCCCCAUGUGGUACCAACGCUAAUUGUCGUUUGUACAAUAACAACUUUGUAUGCGAGUGUAUUCAGGACUACUUUGGCAAUCCAUAUGAAGGAUGCCGACCGGAAUGUAUUGGAAAUAGCGAAUGCGCGUCAAACAAGGCUUGUAUCAAACUUAGAUGUCAAGAUCCAUGCCCUGGAGUGUGUGGCUUUGAAGCUCUUUGUACAGUAACCAACCACAUCCCAGUAUGUACCUGCCCAAGCGGACUUACCGGAGAUCCAUUCAGACAAUGCCUUGCUAUCGUCCAAAAGGAAGAACCGGUUGAACACAAAGACCCAUGCUACCCAUCUCCAUGCGGAUUGAAUUCGAUUUGCAGAAACGUCAGAGGAAACGCUGUGUGUGAAUGCUUGCCAGGAUACUUCGGAAAUCCAACCGGAGCUGGCUGCAAACCUGAAUGUACCCUCAGCUCUGACUGUCCAACAGACAAGGCCUGCGUUAAUACAAAGUGUGUAGACCCAUGUCCUGGUGUCUGCGGCUACGGUGCUCAAUGCAGAACUGUCAAUCACAAUCCAAUCUGCACAUGUCCAGUGAACAUGAUCGGAAAUCCGUUCGUUGAAUGUCAUACACCACCCAAGGACGAGCCACAAGAUCCUUGCAACCCGUCACCUUGUCGCGUCAAUGGAAUUUGUCGUGUUGUGGGCGCAGCCGCUGUUUGCUCAUAUCCUGAAUGUGUCACCAAUGAAGAUUGCUCUUUCGAUCGUGCUUGCGUCAAUCAGAAAUGCAGAGAUCCUUGCGUAAAUGCUUGCGGUGUCAACGCUAUCUGCAAGGCUAUUAACCACAAGGCGGUUUGCACUUGCCCAACUGGAUAUUAUGGAUCGCCAUUCAUUGAAUGCACACGACAAGCAGAUGUUAUCGUACCAAAACCGGAAUGCACCAGGGAUGAGGAAUGCUCGAAUGAUAAGGCUUGCAUCAAUCAGGAAUGUAGGAAUCCUUGCUCUCAAGGAAAGGUUUGCGGUGAAAAUGCCAAGUGCCAUGUUCAGUUGCAUCGUCCGUUGUGCGUGUGUCAUGAAGGAUACACUGGAAAUGCUCAAGUUUUCUGUCAUUUGCUUGGAUGUCGAUCGGACGAGGAAUGUCCAGCCACCCAGGCUUGCGUUAACACCCAAUGCGUCGACCCAUGUACGUUCACUCAAUGCGGUACGAAUGCCUUCUGUCGAGCCGAUUACAACCACAAGGCUCGAUGCCAUUGUCUGGAAGGAUACCGUGGAAAUCCACUGAUUCGCUGCGAGAGACCUGAGUGUACCACAGAUAUAGAGUGUCCUUACAACCUAGCCUGUAUGCAAGAACGAUGCCAAGAUCCUUGCGACUGCGGUAUUGGUGCCCAAUGUCGCGUUGAUAAUCAUAGACCACAAUGCAGAUGUCCACCAGGAUAUACUGGAAAUCCACGCGAGAAGUGUACACCAAUUCCUUUGCUGGAUACCUCAAAAUGCACUGUCGAUGCUGACUGUCCUAGCAAGCUUGCAUGCUUCAGUGGUGAAUGCAAGAAUCCAUGCCACGUAACGAAACCAUGUGGCGUCUACGCUACCUGCCAAGUGGUCGACACACUGCCUCUAAGGACAAUGGUUUGUCAAUGUGAGCCAGGAUAUGUGGGCGAUGCCGAUGUUGGUUGCAGAAAAGAAGAGCUCAAAGAACCUGGCUGUCACUCGAACGAUGAAUGUCCUUCAACGGAGGCGUGUCGCAAUGCAGUUUGCGUCAAUCCUUGUGUCGAUAACUCACCAUGCGCCCGAACAGCUGAGUGCUUGGCUCAGAACCAUAGAGCAAUCUGCUCAUGUCCUGCUGGCCUACAAGGCGAUCCAUUCGUUAAUUGCUACCAAGUACCUCAAGCUGCUCCGGAAUGUGUAAUUGACUCGGAAUGUUCCAUGUCAACGGCCUGUAUCAACCAACGUUGCCAAGACCCAUGCGCGGAGAACAACCCUUGCGCAGGAAACGCCGAGUGCCGAGUCUCACAGCAUAGACCACUUUGCUUCUGUCCAACCGGAUGGGGCGGAGACCCACAAGUUCAAUGCUACAAACCCGAAUGCAAGAUAAACGCUGAUUGUCCAUACGAUAAGGCCUGCAUAAACGAGAAGUGUCUGAACCCAUGUGUCUACAAUUCACAACAAUGUGGAACAGGAGCAGAAUGCCGAGCUCAGAAUCACCAAGCCAGCUGCGUGUGCCCGAUCGGUACCCAGGGCAAUCCAUUCAUAUCUUGCGUCACCGGACACUGUCAAUACAACGAGGACUGCGCUGACCACGAAGCUUGUGACCGAUUGAACCGUGUCUGCAGACCAGUCUGUGACUCAGACACUUGUGCUCCACAAGCCACUUGCAUCGGACGACACCAUCAACCAGACUGCCUCUGUCGACCAGGAACCACUGGAAAUCCAUUCGUUCAGUGCUCGGUCCUUCGUGAACCAUCCAAACCACCCAGACCAGAAUGCACAGUCGAUGCUGAUUGUCCAUCCCAGUUGGCUUGCUUCGACAAUCAUUGCGCCAAUCCUUGCGAUAAUCCAAACGUUUGCUCUGCUCAACAAACAUGCUCAGUGCUGGACACCCUGCCAUUGAGGACUGUUAUCUGCAAGUGUCCAAGCGACAUGAUUGCUGACAACAGCAGAAACUGUGUCCCAGUUAAACAUGACACCCCAGCUUGCCAAGUGAACGAAGAUUGCGCUGAUCCUGAGGUAUGCCAACGCGGAGUUUGUAUCACUGCUUGUCAUGUUGAACAGUGCGGUAUCAACGCUCAAUGCUUGUCAAGAAACCACUAUGCCCAUUGCUCAUGUCCUCCAGGAUAUGAGGGCAAUCCAAGAAUUGAAUGUCAUACACCGGCCAAGACUCCAUCGACUACGCCACCGCCUGAGUGCUACAAAAACGAUGACUGUCCCAGUGAUCGCACUUGCCAUAAUGAGCGUUGUGUGAACCCAUGCGCGGAAUCCAACCCAUGCGGUCGCGGAGCAUUCUGUCACGCUGAGAAUAGACAAGCUGUAUGUAGAUGUCCUGUUGGUUAUUUGGGUAACCCCUAUGACGGAUGCAUACCACCCACAAUUGAAACGAUUGUUGGAUGCAAAUCCAAUUCAGAAUGUUCCUCAUCCGAAUCCUGUAUCAACGAGCGAUGCGUAAACCCAUGUAAUUGCGGUGACAAUGCAGACUGUGUCGUACGCGAUCACCAUCCAGUUUGCUACUGCCGACCAGGUUACUCUGGUAACGCUCAAUUCGGAUGCUUCAAGCUUGGCUGCCAAUCAGAUGACGAAUGCGCGAAUGACAAACAAUGUAUCAGCAAUGAAUGUAUCAACCCAUGCGUUGUGAAUGAUCCUUGCGCCAUUAACGCCGAGUGCUACGGAAAGAACCACAGAUCCGCAUGUAAAUGCCCACCUGGACUAGAAGGAGAUCCAUUCCAGCGAUGCGAGCGCGUUGAAUGCCACUCUGACUAUGAAUGUGCCUCAAACCUGGCCUGCGUCAACAACCACUGCAUCGAUCCUUGCGGAACCGAACCUUGCGCACGAAAUGCCAUCUGCUACGCUAUAAACCACGCUGCUCACUGUAAGUGUCCUGAAGACAUGCCUCUUGGUAAUCCAUUCUCAUACUGUGAGAGACGUCCAGUUGUACUACACGAACCAGAAUGUCGACAAGAUCCUGACUGUCCAAGCAAGCUGGCAUGUAUAAACAACCAAUGCGUGAAUCCUUGCAAGGAACUAUCACCAUGUGCCCGAUCCGCUCAAUGUAGCGUGCUCGACAGCGUUCCGGUCCGAACUAUGGUUUGCGAAUGUCCUGAACUUACCGUACCAGAUACGAAUGGUGAAUGUCGCGCGAUCGUCCUUCAAACUCCAUCAGGAUGCAGUAGCGACUUUGACUGUCCCGACCAAGAAGCAUGCAUCAACAGACAAUGCAGAAACCCAUGUAAUUGCGGAAUGAACGCGGUUUGCCAUGUCCAGAACCACCGAGCUUCUUGCUCUUGUGCCGAAGGAUUCGAAGGCAAUCCUUACAACUUGUGUAGAAGUCUUGGUUGCAGAAUCGAUCGCGAAUGUGACUCUAACCAGGCUUGCGUAAACGGAAAUUGCUUUAACCCAUGCUUGCUCAAUGAUCCUUGUGGAAUAAAUGCAGAAUGUCAUGCCAGCGGAAACCGAGCUCAGUGUAGAUGUCUUCCUGGCUUCCGUGGUAACCCAUACGAACGUUGCAGUAUAAUCGGUUGUCGCACGAACAGCGAUUGUCCUUCAGAGAAGGCAUGUGAAAACCAACAAUGCGUCGAUCCUUGUCUGUAUAGCAACCCAUGUUCGCCACGAGCUGAAUGUCGUGCUCAAAACCACUUGGCCAUUUGUAGAUGUCCUGUGGGCUACAUGGGCAACCCCUACAUUGACUGUAGACCUGAAAUCGUCCCAGAAUGCACAUUCGAUACGGAUUGCCCGUCGAAAUUGGCUUGCAUCAAUAACAAAUGCGCUAAUCCUUGCUUAAUUUUGGAACCAUGUGAUCGUCCAUCUCGUUGUGAAGUUACACCUACAGCACCGGUGAGAACGAUGAUCUGCAUCUGUCCUGAAGGAUAUAUUAGCAGCGGUAGUGGAACCUGCAAACCAACGAAGACUGUUAUGGACGUAGGUGGCUGCAUAUCAGAUACAGAUUGUCCGGCAUCCAGGUCCUGCAUCGACGGAAUAUGUCGGGAUCCUUGCAAUUGUGGAAUUAACGCUGAGUGCCGAAUCAAGGACCACAAGCCAGUCUGCUCUUGCAAACAAGGAUAUGAAGGCAAUGCUCAAAUCGAAUGUAUCCGAAUCGGAUGCCGUGCCGACGAUGAAUGCUCUCCUCAACACUCAUGCAUCAACCGACAGUGCGUAGCCGCCUGUUCCGCCGAUUUGAACCCAUGUGGCCUCCAUGCUGAAUGCUACGGAAUCAACCAUCGUCCUGUGUGCGAAUGCCUGCCAGGAUUCAGUGGCAAUCCACACCAAUCCUGUAUUCCAUUAGGAUGCCGUUCGGACAGUGAAUGUCCAAGCGAUCAAGCUUGCGUAAACGGAAAAUGCCAGAAUCCUUGCGAAAGCACGGCGGCCUGUGCUGCUGAUGAAAUCUGCAAGACCUACAAUCAUCGUCCUGAAUGUGCUUGUCCAGCUGGUUACAUCCCACACAACAAUGCCUGCGUGAUCGGAAAAUAUGAUAUUUGCACAUACGAUUACGAUUGUCCUUCGCAGAAGGCUUGCAUAGCUGGCGAGUGCGUGAAUCCUUGCAAUGCUACAGAACCGUGCGGAGUUAACGCCGUCUGCAAGGUGAUUGAUACUGUGCCGGUAAGGACAAUGAUCUGCGAUUGUUUGGAAGGAUAUCAAGGAAACGCAGCAGUUCAGUGUGAUAAGAUGUCCUUGUGCCAUAUCGAGAAAGGAUUCAUUCGAGACAACAACGGCAAGUGUGUCUGCCCACCAGGCAGUGCCCUGAAUAUUUUCGAAUAUUGUACACCAUGUGAAAUUGAGAAGGGCUUCAGAAUAGAUGAGACAGGACAUUGCGUAUGCGCUCUUGAACGUGGUAUGGUCAUUGACGAACGUGGCAGAUGUAUUUGUCCAAUCGAACAUGGCUACAGACUAACACCACGCGGAGAAUGUGUCCCUGUUGAUAAACCAGAAUGCGAAACAGAUUACGAUUGUGCCGAUAAUAGAUAUUGCAAUACCAGAACGAAGACUUGCGAGGAUCCAUGCUUGACCAAGACGUGCGGAAUCAACGCCUUAUGUAAUGCCACCAAUCAUCGCGCUAUAUGCCAGUGUAUUGUGGGUUACAACGGAAAUCCAGACGUUUUGUGCAAUCACACGAACUUCCGAACAGAUUUCCCACGUCCCGACAUGAUAGUGAGCUGCUUAGCUGACGGUGUCCAAGUUGCCAUACAUAUCGCUGAGACCGGAUUCAAUGGUGUUCUCUACGUGAAAGGACACAGUAAGGAAGAAGAGUGUCGUCGCGUAGUGAACCUCUCUGCAGACUCAUCGCAACGCACCGAAAUCUUCAAGGUUCACUUUGGAAGCUGUGGCUUGAUCCAUGUCAACGGCAUAGCCAGCUUCGUCCUCGUAAUUCAAAAACAUCCAAAACUGGUUACAUACAAGGCCCAAGCAUACAACAUCAAGUGUGUCUAUCAAACGGGCGAGAAGAACGUCACUCUAGGAUUCAACGUAUCGAUGUUAACAACGGCUGGAACCAUUGCAAACACAGGUCCACCACCAAUCUGCCAGAUGAAGAUCGUAACACACAAUGGCGAGGAGAUUAACUCCGCAGAAAUUGGAGAUAAUUUGAAACUGCAAGUCGACAUUGAGCCAGCAACCAUCUACGGUGGUUUUGCUCGCAGCUGUAUAGCCAAGACUAUGGAAGACAACGUCGAAAAUGAAUAUAUCGUCACAGACGAAAACGGUUGUGCGACGGAUCCAAGCAUUUUCGGGGAAUGGGAAUACCAAGCGGAGACGAACAGCCUGUUGGCCGGCUUCAAUGCCUUCAAAUUCCCAUCCAGUGAUAAUAUACGAUUCCAAUGUAAUAUUCGAGUGUGCUUCGGUAAAUGUCAGCCGGUUAAUUGUCGAGGAUAUAAUGCAUUUGGAAGGAGACGAAGACGUGAAAUAGCUGAUCAAAAUUCGACCGCUCCCAGCAGUAGUAAUACCGCGGUUGCAACCAACGGUGCCUUCGGUGCUGAAGGUCAAUUGCGUGAAGAGAUUACUAUACAAUCGAAUGCUAUUCUGACGUUUGAAAGGAGAGAGGAACGCUAUACAGAUUCACAGAAUCUGAAACCGGCUGCACAACGUGUCGAGGAUAUUUGUGUAUCAAUGGUGGGUCUCAUCAUCGCCCUGGUCAUCACCGCUCUCUUAGCUCUAGUAGCUGUAGCGGUUGCAGUCUCGUGCUGGCUGAUGGCCUAUCGAAGACGACCAAAGACAGUGGGUCCAUUACCACAUCCACCAGAGUUCCCAAAUCCACUGUUCACAAAUCCAGAUGCAAUUCCAGAACCGACACCUGAUUACCUGUCAUAGAAACCAAUAUAGGUAUGAGAAGAUAAGAUGAAAGUAAUUUGUAAAAUUUUGAAAAAAGUAUAAAACAUGCAAAUAUAAAUAAUAAAAAUAGAAAGAUUAUUGUAAGCACGUGCAAAAAGAAUGCACUCAAACCUUAGCGAAUGACUCAAAAACAAUUGAAACAAAACAAAAAUGGAAAAAAAAACCACAAUUUAUAAAGUCUUAUCGUUAAAAUUUGAAAAAAUUGCUCAAAAUAUUUCCCCUAGUUUAAGACAAAGAAGAAAAAACAAAAAUGCGGAAAACAAUUUCUAGAAAUUUUAAUGAAAAGUUCUAUAUAGAUUGCCAAAAAAUUAAGGAACACAGAAAUUUUUACGUCUAUAAACUACACGUACAACAUCCCAGUUAGUGUGCAGGAUAUUCUCUAAGAAUGAACAAAAAAACAAAUAAAAACACUGCCAACUUGUGAAAAAUCUAUGAUCCCAGUUGUGGGAAAAUCCAAGCUUUAGUAAAAUGAUUUGUGUUCCCAGAACAACGACAUCUCCUCCGUGGGCCGAAUUAAUUAUAUACUCACCCCCUAAGCUCCCUAAAAACGCAUUAAGUCCAUUCUAUGGUGGAGGCACCCAAACCUAUUCUAAUUGUAUUCAUACCCAAGUCAUUUUUACCCAACUAUUAUUACUUUUUAUAUAUAUAUACAUAUAAAUAUGAGUAGAAAUGUAUGUUUCACAUCGUAUACUGCCGAAUUAUGCUGCUGAGUCUAAAGGACUCCCUACGCUAAUGAAAUCAAAAAAAACAAGGACGUUAGCAUCGCAACAUUGUUGCCUCAACAUACAAUGUUGACAGUUUUUGUACAUGUUUCUCUUCUCGUUUAGGAUUUAAGCACUGUGGAUUACUUGAACGUAAUCAAAACCUUCACUCGAAAGAAAAUUAUAUAAUUAUUAUGAGCCUAGUAUGUAAGCCUGCGGAAUUUCCGUCCCUAAAAAGCCUUUCCUGCUCCUUUGAGCUACUUCGCAUUCUGCCUUCUCUCUGUCCCCCCAAACGACGGCCAAUGGAGGAUUUGAAUUUAUUUUUAUUUUAAUCUUUUCAAAAACAAAAAAAAUGAUAAUCUCUUUAAGUAUUUUUUAAAUUAUAGUCAAACAAAUAUUAUUAUGUACAUUAUAUUGCGUAUGCUUGUUGUGAUUGAAUUAAAUUUGAUAUAUUUGUUUUAAUAUUAUUUAACUUAGGGCGUAAGCAACUCUUCCUAAUUCUCUUCCAACACUCACAAAAAAUUCAAGGAAAUUAAGAAAACCCCAAUCUUUCAAUUUCCACGCGCAUUUUUUUUUUUUAUAAGAAAUCCAAAAGAAAACAGAGAAAAUACGGUUGCACGAUUCACAUAUAUCAUGUGGUAAGAGAGGGAGUAAUCAGUGAUGAAAGCGUCUGGUGAAGUACUUGCAGCGAUAAUCAAGGAUGCUUGGUUAAAGUAUUUGCACCAUUCCCUUUCGUACACGCUCCACCCAUAGUUUUCCGACCGUAAACAAUAGAAAUCUCGAGGAAAAACACGCAAAAAAGCAUAUAGUCACUAUUUUAAGUAAAUAUAUUGUAUUCUGCAAAUAUAUAGGGCAUAAUUUAUCCACUCUACAUUUACCUUGUAUCCUAUAGACGUAAAAGAUAGUGAAGACAUUAAUUACUUAAUGCGAUAAUUAUUUGUAAUUGUUUUCCCAAUUUUAAUGCCAAUAAUUCAUAAUUUGUUUGUAAAAUGCGCGCGAAAAAAUGAAAUGAAAAUUAUUUUCACCUCAUUUUUUAUUUUAAUUUUUUUUUUUUUAUUCUGCUUUGUCGAUGACCCCUUGAUCGGGGGAUUCUGCAAAGUGAGUCCUCUCACUUUUUGUUAUUAUUAUUGCCAAAUAAUGUUUUUUUUUUCUAUUUUGUUUGAAAUACUAUCGCGAAUCCUUAGAAAAUACUCCAAUAUAUAUAAAUAUAUAUAUAUAUAUUCUAUGAAAUAACACGCAAAAUUUAGAAGUAAAAAUAGGCGCAGCGCCUACUUUUACACAAGAAUGCUUUGUAAUUAAGAUGAUAUGAUUCUUUUUGCACUGCGUCUUCAAGAUGAAAUGCUUUAAAAACAAAUAUGUAAUAAAAAAAACAAAACCCUAAAUUACUAACUGUACAUUUUUGAAUAAAAUUUGAAAUAAACUAAUUAAAAAUAAA